AUGACACCCCCAAAGUCUGACCCCAAAGAGGGAAUGUGGAAAGUGUUAGACGAAGAGAAUUCUAGGCCACCAAAGUGCAUGCAUGAAAAUCUGAAGCUAUGGGUUCAAUGGCACUGUGAGGUGAUCCUGUUAGAAGGUAAAAUGGCAGAAAAAAGUAAGAUGGAAAAGGCAGCUAAAACCCAAAGACCAAGAGGAAACAUUCUAAAGUUCUUAUAGGGGUUUAUUACACCUUUAUAGUGUGAAAACAAACCGUAAUGAAUAUUAAGUCCCUAGUGUAUACAAUCAAAUAGCUGUAUUAACGCCAUGUUUGUUCAUUUAUUAUUUCAUUCAUUCAUUUAUGUGAUCCGUAGCUCACUUUUCAAUGAAUAAGAUGCUCCUCAUAAGUUUGCUAGUCUUCAAGGUGCCACAGUAUUCUUCCUUGUUUUCAUCAGGACAGAGAAAGAAAACUGUGGCUUGCUGUAGCAAAUGGGGAUUAUUGGUAACAUCUAAUUUCCUAGUCCUGAAGCCUCUGCUGUUGCUGAAAAGAUCUGAGAGAUUAGGGCUUAAUGCUAGGGGUAGGCAGCAAGAGAAAGAAGCCAAGAACUACAAAAAGGUGAAAAUUGGGCUUUGAGAUUUUCACAAGGUACAAGAACCACUCAUGUCUCAUGUGUAUCUCCAUAUUCAUGAGAACCAGAAGCUUGCUGAGUUUAUCAAGAGGCUACAUUUUGUGCCCCAUACCAGACUACAUCCUUAAAGGGUACAAUUGCCUAUGUACAAAAUGCACACACCCCUGGCUCAAAGUGGUGGUGGUGGUGGGAUCCCUAAUGAAGAAAAGUCAAAACAAUUAUGCAUCCAGGGUAGCUGAGCCUAUCAAGCAAAGUACAAGACCCUGUAAGUAGCAGGGAGAUGAAGAUGUGCUAUUGCACUCUGUCAUCACAGCCAGAGGCUGCUUUAACUUGAUAAAGAGCAUCCUGGAAAUCUGCAGCAUCCUGUACAGAGCCCCUCACAACCACCAGGGGACUGGCAGUGAUGGAUUUCAGAAGGGUUGGGUUGGUGCUUCGCACCUUGUGGGGCAGGGGCCCUCCCAACAGCUGUGUCACAACAACAAGGUUAAUGCAAAAAGCACUUUAGGGCCCUAAGGCACGUUGGUGUCUUGCAACCCAGGUCAUGCAACCAACUUCAAAUAAUUCAGAGUCAUUUCAGGUUGGAUAGAUGUUAGAACUUGGAGAUUCCCUUUUCUAGGUCAGCACUCACUGCUGGUAACAAACCUCAGCUUCUGAACAUUUGAAGCGGCAUCAGAGCCAAAGGCAGCGUGUAGUCAAAGUAGGGAUGACAGGAAACAGGGUGUUCUCCAGACACCUUCUGGUGAUGGGUAGACCUGUCCAUUUUGGUUUCUCUCUGUCUCCCGCUUUUCCAGCUUUAAGUUCAUUUUGUGUCAUGAUGCCUGCAGCGCUCUUGGGCAUGGGCUUGGACUAGCAGGCCUAGAUGGAGGAGGAGGAAGCAGAGGGGAGCUGAGCUGUGGGAACCUGGGUUGGAGGAGGGAAGAUCUCCCAUUUCUGCCCUGACCUCAGUCACUUUGGAAGGGAAAGCAGUGGAGACUGUGGCGGACUGUGAUCAGCCAAUGCACGAGGCUGAACAGGAGGUGGCAGUGAUUAAAAGGAGAGUGCAACCCUGUUGACCAGAACCAGGCAUGGACAUCACAGAAGGGAGAAGACCCAUUUGCCCCAAUGCAGUGUAUGUGUGCAAGGCAAGAGAAGUCCCAUCUUAUCUUUCAGAGUUUGGUGGGACAGGGUCAGGAAACUUGUUGGGAUAUCUCCAUUGCUUCCAUCCAAGUUCAGAGUUUCUUGUCUUCUCCUAAACUGCUUAACACAGUGUCCUUUGCCAAACCAAUACCCUUACUUGCCUGAACCUUUUUCUUUCUUACAAGUGAGUGCCUCUGUGUGUUUUAGGUGGGAGUCAAGACAGUUUGCCACAUUUCUGCAUCAGUUUGCAAGUUAAAAGGAAAAAAUACACCUCAUGUAAAGCCAUGAAUAUACAAUCCUAAAAUAUGUAUGCACUUUUGCCUAAUAUACACAUUUUUGCAAGUAAUUCCCCCCUCCCAAUUUUUUAAAUGCAUUUCUGUAGUUAUUUAUAUAUUAAUUUUUACUCACACUUUCCCCUAACAUACAGAUAUUUAUGUACCUUGUUUGGUUUGAAAACUUAAUCCCAAAAUUUGGAGAAAUGAAAAUUCUAAAGGAUCCUGUGUUCAGGUCUGCAUAUUGCUUUAGGAAGGAUGAAUUAGUUAGUUAGGACUGUGUUAAAAUGUGAACCAAACUGAACUUCUCCCUAGUAGCCUGUUUUCACCUCCUUGAAUCAAGAUGGCAUAGGAGCUCCCCAAUAAUAAAAUUUGCUAGCUUUAUCUGCAACUAAAUCCAGCAGAAUGGAAUUAAUAUUUAGAUGUAUACUCCACCCUUGCAAAUACAGUAUCAGGGCAGUUAACAACAAAGUAUUGAAAAUGCCAUAAAAUUGCCAAUAUAUGCAAUUAGCCUUAAGCAGCAAUGGUAUAAAAUCAGCAUCCAAAUAAAAUAGAUCACUGAAUGCUGAGAAGCUAAAAAGUUUGAAAAAAAUUAAAACACACAUACUGAGAAACAUCACAGAAGCUCCCCAAAUGAGCAGGACUCAGACCCAGUCCCUAGACCAGGAUUAUUUCCUUUUUAUGAGUGGUGACUGUACAUUUACAACAAAAGAAUGAAAGAGACACCAGUGAGGCAGGGGUUAAAUCUGCUCCUCAGUGAACCUUGGCAAUGUCUGCAAAAGCUCCAUCCUGGGUUGAGUUCUGUUUCUACCCAUUCUAGAAUGUGACAGAAUGGUGGGAACUCAUACACAUACACACCUAUACUGAGGAUCAUCUUCACAGGUGACAGUAGCUUCAGGUUCUCAGAAGGAAACACAUUGGGGGUGAAACCUGCCUCCCUAGAUCCAAUUCUGACUCUCCUGACUGGAUCAAAGUAUCUCCCCAGCUCCCUUAUAUCUAUUCAGAUAUAGACUCACCAAAGAUGACCCCAAGGUCCUAUUUAAGCACAAGCAUAUUCAUUCACUGCAUGUACAGAGUUGCCAAGACGGUGCAGAAGUCAGCAGCAGUAGCAUCUGGCAAGUGGGUCAUCACGUGCAUCUCAGAGUACAUUGUUCAAAACACACACAAAUAGACUUAAUAUGCAGAUUUUUUUUCAGGUCACAACAUUUGGGUUUCUGGGUCAUUUAAUUUAGAAGGUUUGGGGAGACAGGGAAAACAGAGGUUGAGAGGAGGGUAUCUCGCAUCCUGUGAGGAAAAGGGUUCCUGCUGCCGAGGCUGGAGGUUCAAUUUCUCGUUGUAUGAAGAGGAAUAUUUCCCCUUCAUCUCAGGAAGAUGACAUGGCAGCCCAGGCAUUUUGUGCUCUGCUAAGAAACCCAUAAAUUAAAUGUUUCCAAACCUGAAAAGGACAAAGCCUUUCCCAGCUAAUGAUAACAUUAAAAAAAACACACAAACCCACAUGAAUUGGAUUGAAAAUUUGCAUGAAGCUUAUUAGAACACCCUACAAAUACGGGCAAACCUAAUUCAAACACAUUUGGGUGAUAAAAUGAUAUUGACUCCAAGUAAUUAAAAAUCAUUUCCAUAUUCAAAUGGGACUGAUGGAGGAGAAAUGGCUUCCCUUAAUUGCUUGCAGGAAAAUUAUCGACUCGGGGAGUUUUUAGAGGCCGGGUAAACGAAUCUUAAUUCAGUGGCGCGUGUGUGCGUGGCAGAGGAAGAUGCAGGGUGAAAAGGCAGAUGGCAUUUUUUCUGCUGGGAGGGAGGGGGAAAGUGGAUCAUUAGCAGUGAAAAUGGACUUGGGAGCAAGAAGGAUGGAGAUGGAGGUGAGAACUGCUAAACAAGUGACAAUCUGUGAGAAUAAAAUUGAAUAAAGCAGGAACACUACUGGAAAUCACAAAGUUGGAGAAAACAGAAAUGGUAUAAUGCAGCAGAAACAUCUGGCUUGUUAGUCGCUUUCAGGUCAGAGCAGUCAUCCUGCUUUUGGGGAAGGGCCAACACUCAGUGGUUCAAGCCCUGAAGGCAUCUGUGGGUGGGGCUGGGAAAGAGUCCAUCUGCAACCAUAGAGAGAUGCUGCCAGCAUAGAUUGUCAUGAGCUAGGUGCUCUCAUUCUCUACACUGCAGCUUCCUGAGAAAGCCAGUGUGCUGUAGUGGUUUGAGUGUUGGACAAGAACUAGGAGACCAUGGUUCAACUCUCCACUCAGCCAAGAAGCUCAAUGGGGGACCUUGGGCCAGUCACUGUCUUGUAACCUAAGGCUUGUUCUGAAAAUGAAAUGGGGAAAGGGGAAACCACAUGGGCCACCUUGAGCUCCUUGGAGGGAAGGUGGGAUAGAAAUCAAAUAAUAAUUAAAAAAAGAAACAUUCUUUUCAGGGAUAGCCAACCCUGGAUCCAGGAUGGUGGGCAGAAGUGCAUUUUAGGCACAUUUACAAAUGUAUUAGGAGAAAUGCACACACAAAUAUACAGAUUUUUAAAAAUAGCUAACUAAUGAAGAAAUGGAGUGAACUAAACUUAAGGCUGGUGUGUGUGUGUGUGUGUGUGUGUGUGUGUGUGUGUGUGUGUGUUCAGAGCUGGGACCUUCCAGGAAAAGUCCUGCUGUGUUGACCUGUUAAGAGCAGAAGUCCAGGUUCUUAUGUUUAUAUCUGGUCUGACCAGAGGCCAUAUAUUGCCAGCUGAUCAUUUGUGCCUGCAGACGACUUGAGGACAUGAAACCUCAGGCCACAAGGUUCCACCCUCUUGCUGUGAGGUUUUUGAUCUUGAGUGUCCCUGACACCUCCCCCCAAAAGUCUGGAGCUUUGGGAUCAGCAAGUGACCAAGAACAAAACAGAAUUGGCACCAUCUAAUUUUACUAGGCAGCAUAUGGGCCAUUAAACAAAAGCCAUUUAAAAUAGAACAGGUGAGAAACAUAUUGGGGUUUUAUUUUAAGAGACAGAGAGAGAGGCAGAGAUUAUUUAGGUUUUAAAAUCACGAGAUAAUGUGUGUACUUUGAACUAGUGCUGUGCUGAAAAUUUCUCCUACUCCUCCCUUCUCCCUCAAUUAACAAAAAUAAAAAAUAUCAUUUGAAAUUUAGCUAAGGGGAGAGAAAGAAAUCAGUGAUAUUCCGAGGGGUGUGGGGUGGGGAUUGGUUGUGAUUCCCUUGCUUUCAAAGGUGACUGAGGGGGGGUUGUGACUGUCUUUUCUUUCAUUCUAGAACUUACCAGUCCUCUUCAGUCAGUAGCCUUCCUGGGUGCCCCCAUUUCCUAGGAAAACAAUGAUGCCCUCAAGAUGAAGUGAGCUUGUUUUCCGUGGCUCCAAAGGAUAGGGCCUGAACUAAUGGUUUGAAAUUACAAGAAAGGAGACUCGACUAAACAUUAGAAAUAACUUUCUGAUGGGAUGAGCUGUUUGAUAGUGGAAUGGACAACAUUGGAAGGUGGAAAAACAUCACUGGAUGUUUUUAGGUAGAAGUUGGAUGUGUUGGACUAAAUGGCCUCUACCUAAAGCCAACCCGGCUUUCUGCAUUUGAAUUAAAGCCCUGGGGAAGAUGUCAUGAGGUAACUUCUCUCCUGGGCCUUUUCUAGCUGAAAAGGUGUGGCCAGCUAGGUAAAUGGCUGAGCACUGGAGCCUUCUAAAGUAGAACAUGUUUAAUGGAAAGAAAAGCACACCCACCAGCCUCGGGCAACUUGCAACAAUAAGGGAAGCCAAAUGCUGCAGCCACUGAAAUCCUAAAGAAAUUCUAAAGCAUCCUGAGAAUGAGGAAGAAAAAAUGUAAGUCUCCUUUGGUGAGGAAGAAAACUUUGGAGAAAUUGGUUUCAGCACAGCACUUUUUAAAGCAAGUGUGUAAAACAAUCCAGAUGCUUAUUCCACUGGUGUACCUAAAACUCCUGCACAACUGGCAGUAGAGCCAUGGAGGUGGCAUGUAGGACCUAUUUAGUACCCCCUCUCACCGGUUUCCCACCAGCUGCAGCCAAGUGUAACAUAGUGGAGGGGGUGAUGGAAGGCAUGUGCUUAGAAUAAAAGAACCAGACAUCUCAUCUAAGUGCAUCUCAGACCAGGAAUUAGUUUUCAAUACCAGAACUGAGCUCACAGUCCUUACACACAAAAAUCUAUUCCUGGUCUCCUCCAACAAGUUUUCUUUCUCUGAGCAGUCUAAUUUAGGGAGAAGAGUUGUCACUAUCAUUAAACAAGUGGGAGGCAGAAAUCCAUGGUGAUCUACCAGAGCUCCCAUAGAAAUCUGCUAGUAGAUAUGGAUCUACCUUCUUCUUACCCUUACAACACGGGGUUGCAAGCAGGAAGGGUCUACAGAUGGGGGAAAAUAUUUUAGACACCAAAAUCAGUGUUUAGGCACCUACCCAGAACAGAUCUGGAAGAGGAUAAUCGUAACAAUACAGUAUGAUUGCAUCUUACCUACAUUUAACUUGCGUGAUUUCAACCUUUUGCAGUUGAAGUCUGUCCAGUUGAAAUGGUGCAAAUUAAAUGCCCACAGCAUUUUCCUGGCAUGAAAAGAGCUUCUAAUAACCAAGGCAGAGAAGGCAGAAAGAGCUUUUAAGCUCUCUGCCUUGCUUAGUGGGCAAGGCCUGUUCAGUGCAAUGGCUCCAGAUGCUCACAAGGGAGAGGUUCAAGUCUGUAUAUGCAGAAACCUUGGAACCAAACUGCUGUGUAAGAUGCGACCAUACUGAGUGUAAUAUGCCAUUCUGAAAUUAGUGUCCUUUUUAAAAAAUAGCAUGGCAAAUAAAAGCCUGCAGGAGCUCAAUGACAACCAUUUCUUUCAUUAUUAUUUUUCGUUUGUUUCUCUUGGUUGUAAUUAUGCUUAUGCAAAAGCACUUAUAUGAACUGCAGGCUUGCAAGAAUGGGAGGCUAGUGGCUAGUUUCUGCAAGCGAGAGGGACAAAGUACGUUUAUACACAUGCUCAUAGAUAAAAUCUGUACUUAAAUCCACCACUGGCUGUGGUUGCCUGAUUCUUAUGUACAAUACUCCAUUUCUGUGAAUUGCCUUGCAAACUGACUGGAGGAGGAGUGGUAUUGGGAGGUCCAGGGUCUCCCACCUGGCCCCAAUCAGGGGAGGGACAGUAUAUCUGAAAUAGCAAGUUGCGGGAUGGCAGUAGUUGCUUUGCAUCGAGAAGGUCCCAGGUUCAAUCCCAGGCAUCUCCAGGUAAGAAUGUCCCUGCCUGAAAUUUUGGUGAGCCACUGCCAGUCAGUGUGGACACUACUGAACUAGGCAGACCCAGGAUUUCAGGCUUCCUCCUCUGUGUCUGGAAUAUCUUUUGCUCUUUGCUCUCAGCCAGAUCAUGGUUGACUAGGUGAAGCUCAGGUUGCCUUGAUCCCCUCAAACAAGUGGCAAAGCCUGAUAGAUUAAACUGGUAAGAAACUGAGAAGGGUCUCCUUCUCCACACACACACACAUCCUGCUCUCUCAGCAUCCCCCCCCCCCCACCAUGCACACUAUGACAUAUCUGCUCCUGGCAGUUCUGUGCGCAUACAAACCCCACUGGAGCCCUCCGAUUUUUCCCUCUCUCCAUUUGUCAUCUUUUAUUACCACUGUCAUUUAUGUCCCUUUCUUCUCCUUCCGCUCAUCCUUUCCCCCCAUGGAUCACUUCAGAGACAACAGGUUGCCUGCAAGGAGCCAGGAGCUACCAGGGGAGAGAGGCAGGCGGCAACAGCAACAGCCCCAACAAAGCCCCACUCUCCAUCUCUGCCAGGCACACACAUGGCCUCGGGGGGGCCUUGCAACGCUGGCUGUUCCUUCUCACCCCCACCUCCUCUGGUGCCCAUCUUCUUUGAUACCUGGCCCUCAAAAGGAACUGACAGCACAAAGGCAGCAGCCUCUCGCCACCUUCGGAGAUUACCAAUUUCAGCUUGUAAUGAGGCCUCCUGAUCUCCCCUUCAGUUUCAUUCUGGCUCUCCUGGGAUUUUUCCUGAACUUGGCAUCUCAGGACGAGGAGCCUGAGUGACCACAGAAGACUGGAUGAUGGGUAAGGUGGCACUUGCAUUAAUGCAGGACAACUGCAUGGCAUGCCUGGGGUGCUGACUCUUGCUGGAUGAGGGUCCAGCUCUUUUGUCCUCUCUGAUUCUCUGGUGUGCCCAUAGUGGAAUCCAACUGGCUGCCCCACCAGGCCCUUUAAUGGCAGAAUUGGUGGCAGGGCAGGAAAAAGGCAAGGAUGCCCACGGUAUUCUCGUUCUCUGGGCCUCCUAUUAUGCACCCAAUGGAGUCACCACCCCCAGUUUGCCUUCAAUGGCUAAAGCGACAGAACCCUUAUCUGCAAGGGCAAGGAAAAACAUUUCUCUCUUUGUGAUGGAAAAUCAGCCUGGCUGGAGCAAGCAGCUAAUGUGUGUCGGGCAGCCGCUAAAACUUCUAACAGGGAUAUAUAGCACAUCAUUUAAGGUGGCUUUUUUAAAAUGCUGAAAUGGGAGAAAGCAGCUGCUAUCUGUACAAACAAAAUUAGGGCAAGGGAGGAAAGUCAUUUUGUAAAGAGAAAUCAGGUGAUGCAGGCGGAGAUGAAUAGCUGGCACAUGAAUAAACGCAAUCUACAUAGAAACAGAUAAAAAUUCAAUUUCUCAGCACACACAUUUCCUGUCUGGCUCUCUCUCCCUCUCUCUGUCUCUGGGCCUCGUUGCAUUUACACUCCACCUUGCUAUGCUGCUUUCAAAGCUUCCAGCUGGAACGUGGGAGGCUGGAACAGAGAUUCAAUUCAGACCUGAACAUGCUGCAAAAUUAGCUUGGAUAAUGUCACCCCCUCCCCUCGCCCCCACCACUCACAACUCCUUGGAAUUAGGUUUGCUGUAUAACGUACUACAAUACAGAACAUGCUCUCUCACACAUGCACACACUUGUCCAAACUGCAGGUGUCUGAAACGUCUAAUUAUUGAAAUCUGUACAGCCUCAGGCUGGCAUCAUCUAAUGUAAAUAAAACGCUCCCUUUUAUCAAUAUCAGAACACCCAGUUAUCUGCAUGUUUAGAUGGAUACUGCAGGGCCUCUCUGCUGAGAGACCACCAACUUUCCACCCUCUCCCAAAUUACUUCCCUGCUGCUCACUACAUGAUCUGUUUAAAAAAGAAUUAGUGCCUAAUCUUGCUUUUUUUUCCUCCUCCCCUUUCCUUUUGUGCCAUGCCUCUUUGAUUGUGAGUCUGAGGACAGGGACUGUCUUCUCAGUGAUAUUUGGCAUUUAGAGAGGGGCCUUAGCUCAGUGAUAGAGCGUCUGCACACAGGAUAGGCUGAAAAAAUUCUUCUCAAAGGUGCCUGAUGUUGCUUCGAUGGCAGAAAAUACUAUGGAGAUAGAAUUAAAGCACCAGGAAAAAAAACUGAAAGGAUGAUGGUGAAAAUUACUGAACUGCAGUUGAGAUCAAGGACCAGGAGAAUUGAGAUUACUGUCAGGAUAUUCGCCUAAGGAUAGUGAAAGAUGGUCGGGGGGGGGUUAUGCUCUCCUUUCUGGUGGCAUGGAUUAACAGCACUGUCCUGAGCCACAACAUUCUGAGGUAGACAUAGAGCAGGUCACAGGGUUAGGAAUGGGUCCACUAGGCACCAGACCUUCUAGAGACAUUGUUGUUGUUGUUGUUUUCAUUGAUAAAGUACUUCCUACAAAGCAUCUCAUGCCUUUGCUAUACACUUUUCAAUACCUGCUCAUUUAGGCAAGCCUAUCCAGGCAUGUAGACAUUGAUGUGUUUUAAUCUUUUCUUGUUAACUUUAAUCGUCUUUUAAAUGCUAUUCAUUACUUGUUGUUUUCUAUUGAUGAGUUUUAAUAUUUCUUGUAAACCACCUAGAGGUUUUAUUACAAUCAAGCAUCACAGAAAUUUUGUUAAACGAAUAUGAAACUGACUUGAAAUGAAAAUAAAGCAUUCAGGCAUCCCCGCUGGUCUCCAUCAAAAGACAUAGCCAGCCACUUUAGCAGGUCCAGGAUGGAUGUCAUGAUGGUGAUGGUGCUGAGACAAUUGCACCCAUAUUCGUAGGGUGCAAAGAAGGCUGCUUAUGUAUAUGGUUUCCUGUUGCUGGAGCGCUUAGGGUGGAUUGGAGCAGGAUGUUAUACUUCAUAAAGCAUUUUAGAAGUUAGAAAAGGAAGUUAGUUGUUCUGGGCCCCCACCCACCCACUUACCACCAGAAAAAUGAGAAAGAACAAAUGUUUGCUCAUUCUGAAACAUACCUGAACACUCCCCUUUCUAAAAACAAUUCCUUUCCCCACCGGCUCACUGCACAAGAGAGACUAAGGGUGAGAUUAAGUUAUGCAGCUAAGGUAGGUCAGACAUCACCUCCCCUUUUGAAUUUGCUGUUCAGUUAUGUCAUGCAAAUCAAAUAAAUUAAAUAUAAAUAGAAGUCUAAUAACCAGUGUCAGAAAGAGAAAACCUUGUUCAUCACAAAACAGACAAUGCAGAAGUAACAUGUUUGGAUCAGGAAUAGUGAACAGAAAUGGCACGGCGGGUGAUAGGAGAUUCUGGACCACAGCUCAAAAGGAAAAGCUCUUGGCACUAGCACAGCUGCUAAGGAGAUUCAGGGGAGCCUAAGAGAAGAAAAGAGCCUCUCCCCCUGCAAUGAACAUGCAAUGGCACCUGAUUAAAUGUGCUGGGAAUUCUUGAUCCUAAUGGAGCCUGGGCACAGGAAACUGUCUUAUACUGACUCUGAGCAUUGGCCCAUCUGGUGCAGUGCUGCCUGCACUGACUGGCAGCAGCCCUCCAGUGUUUCAGGCAAGAGGCAUUCCCAGCCCUCUGUAGAGACUGAACCCAGAGACUGAACCCUGCCUUCUGGGUACAAGGCAGGUGCUCUGCCACUGUGAUCUGGCGUUGGUCACUGUUAAGGUCAGCUUGAUAUGCGUUCCUCAUACCAUCGUUAGAAUCCUGCCCAUGCCCUCCAGCAUUCUGUUUCCAGGAACAGGGCAUGAAAAUGAGCUUCUAGAAUUCAGUUAUAUGCCAACUCUGAGCAUGGAUCUUUCUUUCUUUUUAAAAUGAUGUUUAUUGAGAAUUUUAAAGUUACAAAGAAGAAAGAAAAGACAAGAGAAGGAGAAAAAGAGAGAAAGAAGUAAAUAAACAUAACAAUUAAACAAUACAGAUCAAUAAAAACCAAAGUCAAAAAAAAUAUAACAAAACACACAAUGCAUCUAAAUCAAAAAACAAAAAUAAACAAUUAAAAAAACACAAGUCUAAUAUUCCCAAAUCCUUAACUUUCAUUAACUUAUUUCAACAACCUCCUCACACCUCCCUUUUUUGUAUUCUAGCUGUUAAUUAUCUCAGCAAAUCCUUUCCAUCUUUCACAAUAUUCUGUCAUUUAAAUUACCUUAAUCUAUUUUAACCUUAUCUUACCCUAAAGAACCUUAAAACUUAAAACUUAAAUCUUAUAUAUACCCAAUUCUUUUAACCAUAACAUAUUCUUACAUAAUUCUUUUUGACAUUUCUGCUAAAGCCAAAUAAUUUCAUUCCAACAUUUUUCUAAUACUCAUUAAUUUUACAAUACUUUUCUAAAUGAAUUUUGAAACUUUCUUCCAAUCUUCAUCCAUCGUCUCUUCUUCCUGGUCUCGGGUUUUGUCAGUCCUUUCUCGUCCAUCUAAUCCAUCAACCUGGUGCUCUUAUGUCUGAGGCUCUUAAGUCUUUUCCAUGUCCCUUCUGCAGGUCUUCUUCUUGUUUAUACCUGCCCUUUACUUUGUCUUUUGUUGAUCUUUUUCUUAUUUUCUUUCCUUUCUCAUUGGGGGGUAGGUCUCGGGAGGACUCCAAUCCAAAAGUAUCUCCAUCUCUCCUCAGCAGGUCAGCCCAUUCCCCACAGUCCCACUCCCCACAGUCAACACUGUAAUCCAGAAAGUAUUUAAAAGCAUGUUUCAAAGUCUUUCCAAAAUUAAGAGCCCUCACAACUCCAGACCCCCCCUGGUCCACUCCAGAUUCAAACUUCAAAAACAGCGGCUUAUACUCCUGCAAGGCCUUGGAUCUCUCCAUUUGCGUUAUUUGAGGUUCAACAGCAACCUCCUCCAUUUUCUUCUGCACUUGCGCUUGCCCUAUCAAAACAGAUUCCUGGGCUGGUUCCUGAAUGGUUUCUAUAUGGGUAUUCGCCGUUUGUCCAAAGUUUUUAACUGCAACAGUCAUCAAAUCCAUCUUCUCAUGCAUCUGCUCCAGCAAAGCACUUGUCUUGCAAAAAGCAAGCACCAAGACUUCUUGUAAACACAUUUUUUCCCCCAAGGUUAGAGUCUGGUCUCACGAUCCUAAUCAUACAGCUGUGAGGUCCCCAGAUCAGCUCCAGCAACAAAUUAACAAGCUCCCUCUAGAGGAGACAAUUUCUAUUUGUAUCCAUCUUUUAAAAGCAGGACCAACAAAGAAAAAUUACUUUCACUUUUCAAAUACUUUGUUUCUUUUGAUUGCAAGAAGCAACAUUGGAGUCAAUUUAUUUCUUUUUUUUUUCUUUUUCUUUUUUACUAUCUGUCAAAAGACGUUCCAUUCACAGUCGAUGAACUUCCCCAUAAAUUUCUGUCUCUAACAACCCGUUGCCAGGUUUGAGAUGGUGGAAAAUUUAUCUUUCUUUACUCUCUCUCCUGCAGGCUUAAACAGUCAAAAAUCCCCCUCUUUUCUCCUGCUUCCAAGAGGGGUUUUGGUGGUGAUAAAUGAAGGAAAUUUAGAACUUUAUAUACGACUUUCCAGACUAUAGCUUACAAAGUUUUUGCUUCAAUCUAUUUACAAAAAACAGGAGGCGGACUUCCUGUUAGAACCUUCCCGUUUCAGUGCCAAAUUAAAAUAUUUCUUAAUACUUAAUCCAAUUUUCCGUUCUACUCACAGGUACUUGUUUAGAGUUCAACUGUCCACAGGAAAAGGUCAGCGCUCUCCGGCAACGGCUGUGCAGCUUCACUCCGUAAAAGUAGCUGUUGAUUCAAAACACCGCGCCACUCACCCCACGUCGCUUCAGACCCCCGAAAAAGGGUUUCUCUGCGAGUAGGGGAGGCGCUCCUGGUGUCAGCCGAAUCCCACGUUCCCAGGCUUCCUCCGCCUGGGAUUUUUAAAGGGUCUCCGCCUUCGCCGCGGCGGCAAGACCCGAUUUUCACGGAGCGGGUUCCUCUCGGUCAGAGGAACUCCGCCAUUGCCGAUGGCGCUGUCCCGGAAGUCCUCUGCGCAUGGAUCCUUCAUUUAGCUAUCAUAGCAAAGAACUACUGGUGAAUCAAUCCUUUUCUAAAUCACCUAAACACGAAGAGUAUCACUUAAUUUUGCAACCGUGAGCAAGCUUAGGGUGAAGGGAAGAAAACAAACAAACCUUCAUUUUGACUGCCCUAAAUGAGCCACCAGGAUCAUAAUUGGUAUACCCCAAAUUUCAGUAUUAUGAAACUGGGGGCUGGAGUCCCUCCUAUGCAGUCUGAAAUGAGAUCGUCAAUGACAUGCUCACAAAAUGUAAGCUGUGUGUAUUUAAAACACACCCACCCCAAGAAUCCUGGGAACUUUAGUUUUCUUAAGGGUGCUAGGAACUGCAGAUCUGUGAGGGGUAGACUACAAUUCCCAGGAUUCUUUGGGGGGGAGGAAAUGCGCUUUUAAUUGAUGGUGUAUAAUGACAACUGAAAAUCCAGGUUUUGCAGAAUUUAUCAACUGCUCCCAUGAAUGAUCUAAUAUAUUCUCCUUCCAAACGAAAAAUGGUGGGAAGUCAGUGCUGUAAGUAAGUGUCAGAGUCCUGAAUUGUCAGUUAUUUUCAGAAUAUUACAACUGAAGCAGUGAAAAAAGAAAGCUGAGUUAUACCAAGUCAGGCAAUUGGUCCAUCUCUUCUUCUUCUUCUUUCUUAUUCUCCCUCUUCUUUGGCGAUCACUCGUAGCCAAGUAAGAUUGUCUUCCAUAAACACGGUUUUAACAAUGAGUCCAGAAGUGACUGUGGAGGGCAAUUCUGGAUCCACACGUCCUUCUAGCUCAGUGUUGGCCACACUGACUGACUCUCCAGAAUUUCAAACAGUGUUCUUUCCCAGCCCUACCUGGAAAUGCUGCUGGGGAUUGAACUGGAGACCUUCAGCAUGCAAAGCUGAUGUUCUCUCACUGAGCCCUGAUUCAAAGGGGAAGAAAAACCCCUUAUACCCAGACAGACUUCAUUGGUCCAUCUAAUUCAGCCUACAGUGAUAAAUAACACAGAAAUAGAAUUCAGAUCCAGUGUGUGCAACUCUCCAGUCUACUUUGGUGGCUGUGAUUAAGUAAUCCUGAUCAUGCGAUGCAAGCAUGCAAGAAGGUGGUGGAAUCUAUGAAAAUCAUGGGACAGGGUUUGUGCAUGUGAUGGCCUGGGAAUCUGAUUCAGAGGCUGAACCUGAGGAAUCCCAGCCUGCACAGGAGUCCCUGCCUCCAGGGCCGGCUGAGCUGGGGCAGGGGCUUGAACCUGAAGGGCCCUCACCUGUGCCGGAUCCUCAGGAGCAGACACCAGCUGAAUCUGCUCUGGCUCCGGAGGUGAUCGAGGACCCAUUGCCUGCAGGUGCUCCUCUCCCAGCCCUGUCAGGGGAAGGUGAGGUUGCCUCUGGGUCCAGUAACCCUCCAGCCUCUCCUGAGCUGCAGAGGCUCAGGGUGGAGAGGCAGAGGGAACUAAGUUCGCGCAGGAGGAGUGCUCCCCUCCAGGCCAGGAGAGGCGAGUCACCUGUGGACCGAGGCCGCCCUAUGCCUCAGAGGAGAUAAAGGCCAGCCCACCCAGUCCCAGGUUGCGGGAGCAACAUCAUUGGUAACCUGUUCCUGCAAGGACCCUGUCCUGCUCUCCCAGAGUUCCUGACCACGCCCGGCUCCUUGCCUUGAACCCCACUUCGCCCUUCACGGACAGCCUCCAUACCCUCGACCUAGGACCGGACCUAGGACCGGACUCAGACUACGCCGCACGGUAAACCCCCCCCCCCCGGGACCAGCACAGUGUGUCUCCCUGCUUAAACAAAUUCUGACCCAAAACUUCCUUCCCUCCUUCCACGGACAGCUCCCUUGUGCUGUGUCUUGGGGAUGCAGGGCUGCAAGUGAUGUGUUUGCUGCUAAGUGCGCAUUGCAUUCACCAUCAUGCUAGAGGAAACAGCAGGUGCACCCUGUGAUUGACUUCCCUUUCCAGGGUCUGUUAUUAAAAAUGUAUAGAAUUACUCAUGCACACGCAAAAAACCCCCAUAAAAUCUUACAAAAGCGCCUGCUUACACACAAGGUCUUUUGUGAACACAUUUCUUAAAAUCACAUCAUUUGUCAGUCACUUCCCAACUGUUAGUGAUUCAUUCCUGUUUACAGUCUUCUUCUUAUUGGCAUUUUUGCGCCUUGUUUCUAGGACACAAGCAAAGCGGCUUUGUUAUCUCACUCGUAUUCCAUCAUGUCCUCGGAUUUUCCUUGUCUCUCGUCGUCACUCCCCCCUCACACACAAAAUUGUGUGUGUUGUGGGGGGAGAGAUCUUCUCACAGAUUGCCUUAACCCACUUUUCAUCCCUUCAGAAAUUGCCACUGAGAUUCAACGUCAUUUUGCAAUCAGGCAGGCCCAAAGGGGUUACGAGGGGGUUCGGCAGAGUGAAAGCAUGGAAAGGCUUAACAAUUUGGCUGGUCUUAUUGAAACCUCUCUUUACUUCACUUCCAAAUUCCUUUGCUGUUUCUCUGAGGCAGGAGCUUUCUGGCUUCUCCAGCCGUGGAACCCCAAAGGGACAUCCAGAUUUGGUGGGAGACAGAAAGCUGCUUUAUACCAGGGCCUAUACCCAACGAAGGGACACGGGUGGCACUGUGGGUUAAACCACAGAGCCUAGGACUUGCUGAUCAGAAGGUAGACGAUUCGAAUCCCCGCGAUGAGGUGAGCUCCCAUUGCUCGGUCCCUGCUCCUGCCAACCUAGCAGUUCGAAAGCAUGUCAAAGUGCAAGUAGAUAAAUAGGAACCGCUCUGGCGGGAAGGUAAACGGCGUUUCCGUGCGCUGCUCUGGUUUGCCAGAAGCGGCGUAGUCAUGCUGGCCACAUGACCUGGAAGCUGUACGCUGGCUCCCUUGGCCAAUAAAGCGAGAUGAGUGCUGCAACCCCAGAGUCGGUCACGACUGGACCUAAUGGUCAGGGGUCCCUUUACCUUUAUACCCAUCAGAGGCCAGAGCUCUGAGACUGUGCCCAUUUCCCACCUGAGAUUUAGCCAUUGAUUCAAUUAAUGGAGCGAAUGCUGUAGUCAUUCACAAGAACACAGCAAGAUCUCUCUCCCAAAGUUCAACGAGAGGUGGCUUUGGCCUGCAGCCGCAGCAUGAAGAAUUAUUUGUUUGAAUCUGCUCUUGGCAUCUAAUAAUCCCAGGUUACAUGUGACCAGUGUUUCUUUUCUAUAAAAAUAGGUGUUGGUACUCACCAGGAAGUUGUUACACUAAGUGCCACACAUUUUAGCAACAACAAAAAAGAGGUGUCGGUCCCAGCCAGAUGGGCGGGAUAUAAAUAAUAAAUUAUUAUUAUUAUUAUUAUUAUUAGGUACUCCCUGAAAAGAAAGCACGGCAUGUGACUCUGAUCACAUGUUCCUGAGCUUGAAGUGUUCAUGGAAUGAAUGCUAGGCAGCCCGUGGACAUCUGCAAGAUGGAUGAGUCCUCCUGAAAUAUUAUUAGUAACAAAACAUUUGUGGAAGUAUAAACAUGUUGGAUUAAUUGGGCUUGUUUGCUUAUUUCUUCCCGGGACUAAGAGGGCUGAUUCAUGCAUCGUGUUCCUUCCAGCUCCUGACAGUGAAACCAUUUCAGCUCUUAAUACAUCGCCUCCUCUCCCCCACUACCCCCACCAUGCUUUGCUGGAACAGGCGAGUGCUUUGCCAAGUCAACAAGAUGAAUGGCCGAGAGUGAUCAAGCCUGAUUGGGUCAACAGCUUCGCAUUCAAAAACAUCGGUCACAUUACUGAAAUGCUGGAGCCCUGGAGCAAAUCUUGCUCUCGCUGAUGCUCUUUCCCCUUUGCAAAAUUCUCACCUUGGCUUGGCAGUUGCGUUGCUAUGCUCAUGGCUCCCCUGCUUCUUCUUCCAGAUUUCUCUGGACAGAAAUGUCACAGCUACAACCAAGGUUGUGCCAUAUAAAGUUUGCUUGGAAUGACUCAAUAUAUGAGGUUUGAGGAGGUCUAAUAUCUAUUAUGUGUUUACAUGGCAUGUUUAUUCCCUCACCUACUGAUUAAGUUCUUGAGGAGGCUUAUUACAAUGCAUUUGAAAAUACAAUAAUUAGACAAGAGUUACAAGGGCAUGUUAAACCACUCUGGAGGGACUCCUUUGCCUGCAAAUUUUAUCCACUUAUUUUUACCUUCCCAAUUAGAAUCAGUGGGGGUGAGAAAGGGCUUCAGAUUUAGCAGAUCAGAUUUAGAGCACAAUAAUGAAUCAGAACAACACAGAGCAGAUUCAAAGCAGAUCAGGCUACUUCAAGACACAAAAUAUAUAUGAACACAGCACAUACAGUUUGCAAACUCCUAAUAUAUAGCCAUAAUGAUGAACAGCCUUAUCCUCCUAGAAUUUGUCUAACCCUCUUUUAAAGCCAUCUAAGCUGCUGACCACCAUCACAUCUUGUGACAGUGAAUACCAGUGAAUAACUAUGCAUUGUGUAAAGAAUUCCUUCCUUUUGUCUGUCCUUUAUCUUCAGGCUUUUGAAUGAGCCCACUGAGUUCCAGCAGGAUAAGAGAAGGAGAAAAUCCGUUUCCCACACAUCCUGAAUAAUGUUAUAAAGUUCCGCCAUACACCCCUCUGUCAAGUGUACCGCAGGUCUUGCGGGUAACAGCACUGGGUGUUUUCUUAGCUAUUCUGGCUGUGAAAAGACCUCCCCUCCAUGAGCUUUCCCUAAUCCACUUUUGAAGCCCUCAGAGUAGGUGCCUUCAUGCCAUCCUGUGGCAGUGAAUUCCAUAUGCUGAUUAUGGAGUCAUCUGCUGGUGAACAUUACAUAUGGGUCAUUUCCCUUUAUAUGUAACAACAACGAAGUUCAGAUGGGUUAUCCACUACAGACUUGUUUAAAAUCAGCAGGAGCUCUUGAUUUCUGACUGCUUUUCAGCAAGAUGUUAGAGUCUGACCCCUUCCCCAGGCAUAAAGAGGGUUCUUGGGAAAGGGCUUAUGUCAAUACUCUGAAAAUUACACGUUCCACCACAUUGCCCAGUAAUUGCAUCUCCAAAAAAAAGUAAUUAUGGCUACCGUGUAACUUGCACACAGUGGGCUUUGGAAGACAAUGCAUUAUUUAUUUAUUUAUCCCUCUUCUAACGAUGUAACUGGCCUGGAAGCUUCUCCCCCUGAUGCCCUCUUCAUGGCAAUUAACCUGUGAUUAAAUGGGCAGACAUGACCAUGGAGGGAAAUCUUUCUAGUGCAUGCCAUUUCUCCCCAUCCCUCCCUCCCAUGAGCACUGUGCCCCUCAUUUUUUUCUCUUGAGAUACAGUUUGGGAUCCAUUGAUGCAUGAAUGAGGAGAAGAAGCAGAGUUACAAUUACACAAAUGCUUUUUUAAAAGGAAAAGGAGGGGGAAAACCUUAGCAAUGUAUAGGAACAUAGGAAUCUGUCUUAUACUAGGUGAGACCAUUGCUCCAUCUAGAUGAGUUCUAAGAUAUAGCCCUUUCCCUUUAUGCAAAAUAAUUUCUUUUAUGCAAAAUAAGUGACCAUUUAGCAAAUUAUGCGAUUUAUACAUGGAACGGAACUCACAGCCACAAGCAAUCAAAAAGUACAAACUGACCAGGGAAGGAGGGUAACAAGGACUGCCCCAUCUCUCUCUCUCUCUCUCUCUCUCUCUCUCUCUCUCUCUCUGUGUGUGUGUGUGUGUGUGUUGCUGUGGCAUCAGUUUCAGAAGAGUGGGGAGGGGAUAAGCCUUUCACACACACAUUACAGAGCGAGAGAGAGAGAGAGAGAGAGAGAGCUUCAAGCAGUUUUUAAAAAGCUGAACAGCAGUAGCUGUAGUUCAGUGAAUAUGUGGGGUAUUCAAAAAACAUGCAUGGACAUAAAUGUGCACAUGGGGAGUGGGAUGAAUGCCAUCCCAGCUCCAUAUCCCUCCAAGUUGAUCAAAGGUCUGGAAGCCAAGCCUUAUGAGAAAUGGUUGAGAGAGUUGAGUAUGUUUAGCCUGGAGAAGAGGAGACUGCGGGGUGAUAUGAGAACCAUAUUCAAAUCUCUGAAGGGCUGUUUUCAGAACCCCCUGCUUCUCCAGAAGAAUGCUAUUAUAAUCCCCCUUCUAACCUUCCUGUUCAAUUCAGGAAGUCCAGGCAUAGAGGGGAUGUUAGGGCUGAGGUGGUGCUCUGGAUGCCCACACAUAUUGUCUGAACAUACACAGAGGGUUAUAAGUGAUGAAAUCUCCUUGAUGGUCAGCUUCCCCUCCCCAAACCCACCAAUAACUACCAGGCUCCGAGGUCAGACCUGCUCUCCACUCUGCUCCUGAACAAGAAAGCUCUUCCAUCAUGACCCAACAAGAUUCCAGAGUUUUUGAUUUCAAGAGCUGGCAACCAUCCCUGAGAGCUUUGCCACAUACCUCUGCCUGUACCAUGCCAAGUAGGGAGUGGGGGGGCAGUAGCUCAGUGCUAGAGCAUUUGUUUUGCAUGCAGAUGAUCCCACGUUCAAUCCCUGGAAUCUAUAGGUAGGACAGGAAUAGACCCCUACGUAAAAUCAUGGGGAGCUGCUGCCAGUCAGUCAGACAAUAUUGAGCUAGAAAGACCAAUGCUAUGGCUCAGCAUAAGGAAGCUUCCCCUGUUUCAACCUUAGAUUGCCUACUGCCACACUGGUGCUACGUACGGCUUCUAGCGAGCUCUACAGUUGCCUCUAUGGCCCUGUCUAGACGUUUCUGAAGCCAGAGCAGAUACAAUCCUGAUCUCUCACUUGCAUAGCCUGAUGCUGACCUAAUCAGCCCCAAAGCCCCUCUGAGAUGCUCCUCACUUCAAAUAUCUAAAGGGCUGUCACAUGGAAGAUGGAGCAAGCUUGUUUUGUCCUUCUCCAAAUGAUAGUACCCAAACCAAAGAAUUCAAACAACAAGAAACAAGAUUCUGACUUUCUGGUGGCAAUAAAUGCUCAACAAUGCAAUGGACUCUUUCAGAAGGUGGUGGACUCUUCUUCAUAGGAGGUUUUUAGGCAGAGGAGGGAUGGUUACCGGUCAGGGAUUCUUAGCUGCAAUUCCUGCAUGGCAGGAGAUCAGAGGACGCUUGGGGUCUCUUCCAACUCUACAGUUCUACCAUAGUCCAUGUCUGGCCACCUCUCUCUAUACAUGCCUCCACAACCACUUGCUAGUGUCAAAAACUCAACCUGUUUAGGCUGCUUACUGGAGCUGGCAAAACUUUGCUUCAGAGCAGCAGGGUCACCGAAAUGAGACUGGAUGGCCACUCUCUACUGCGACAAGAAAAGGGAGACUCUUCCUGCAAGGAAAGGGUAAUCUGGAAUGCCACGUCACACUUGCUUAGUGUCAAUAAAGACCUCUUUAGCAGGGAUAGUAUAGAUCGGCAGUGGGGAUUUUGCUUGUUGCAGCAGAAAAUGCUAGACAGAUGUGUACAUUUCACACAUUAAUACAUCAGACAAAAUCAACCAUUUAAUCUUUCCCCCUAUCAACUCCCCCACCUCCAUCCAAACCAACAUCACAUCGACCUGAAAUGCAUAUAAGAACAUACGAAGAGCCAGCUAGAUGGCAUAUACAGUAUGCCAAGUCUAAAGUUCAGUGGUCAGGAAACACGGUCUGGGGUCAAUGCAUAUAAGCAAAGUCCAAAGCCCAGUGGUCAGGAAACCUCCUGGCAAACUGGGAAUAUCCCCUCACUCCCACAGUUUAGGAGACUCCAUACCUUUCCUCGGCAGAGUUUCUUUUUCUUUGAGAAAAAUAAGUGGCUCACAUAAGUGUAAGCUAAGCUUCAAUGAUAAAGAAAACUAACAAAAUAACAUGAUGAGAGAAACUAAAUACUGUAUUGGCCUGAAUAUAAGCCUCACUUUCCCCCCAAAUUCCAACUGUGAGAAGUUAAAACGAGGCUUAUAUCCGUGACCUUAUACUAUGCAGCCAGGAGAGUGGGGCAAACAGUGCCAGGAACAUGGUGAAGCAGCGCCCGUCCCGUGCGUAGUCCCCCAUCCACUCCCCCAAGGCCAGGAAGGGAGAGAGAGCAAGGAAGGGGAAAGGCCAUCAGCAAUGCAACACAGCGUGGCUCCCCCCCCCCCCCCCAGUAUGCAGCCAGGAGCAGAGAGGAAUGGAGUGGCUUAUAUCCGGGCAUUCCUGGAUUGAUUGUAUAGUAUGUGUCAUAUUUGUAUAAAACUUAAUAUUAUUGGAAUAUAUAUAUCUAUAUAUCCAGGUAUCCCCCCCCCCCCGGCAAUUUUAAAAGUGUGGCUUAUAUUCAGGUGCGGCUUAUAUUUGGGCCAAUACGGUACAACCACACAAGGCAAAUCUGAGGCAAGAAACAAGAUGAGACAGUUGGUCCCUCUUAACUGAAAUUUAACAGAACACCCUGAGGGGAGGGGCUGAUUCCAGAGCAGAACACACAAGCCCCGCCCACCAGAUACCAGACAUUCUACUGAUCAAAUGAGGCCCCAAUGUUUUUCUUGCACUGUACCCCCAGCCUACCUGACAGCAAGUCCCGCUGGCGAACACAGUAUGUCAAGUCCAAAGUUCAGUCGUCAGGAAACACAGUCCAGGGACAAUCCAAGUAAGCGAAGUCUGAAGUACAGCAGUCAGGAAGCAGAAACCCAUAGUCGUCCUGGAGCGAGCCAGUGUGGUGUAGUGGUUAAGAGCAGUAGUCUCGUAAUCUGGGGAACUGGGUUCGCGUCCCCGCUCCUCCACAUGCAGCUGCUGGGUGACCUUGGGCCAGUCACACUUCUUUGAAGUCUCUCAGCCUCACUCACCUCACAGAGUGUUUGUUGUGGGGGAGGAAGGGAAAGGAAAAUGUUAGUCGCUUUGAGACUCCUUAGCGUAGUGAUAAAGCGAGAUAUCAAAUCCAAACUCUUUUCUUCUCCUAAGCUGAGGUCCAGCAACAUGGGCAGUUGAGCAGACACAGCACCUUUACUCAGCUUCUUUUUUUAUACCAGUAAUAAUAAUAACAACAACAACAAACCCCAGCCACUCUGGGUGGCUUCCAACAAAUUAAAACACAAUAUGGCAUCAAACCUUAAAAACGUCCCUGAACAGGGUUGCCUUCAGAUGAAUGUUGAUUGCAGCAUCCAGGUUUGAUGAGUCAUGUGACCCUCAACUGUUCUGAGCCUACUCCAGCUGAGGAAUCUCACACCUCCUCCCCAAGCUAACAAGCCUCACCUGGGCUGUGGGCCCUUCCUGCCUCAGCCUCCCAGAGUGCACCUCCCACUGCUCCCUAUGCCUUGUUUGUGAAGACGGGGGCCUCUCUGGCUCUGAGGGGGGGUCCUGCUCUUCUGGCCCCCAUCCCCUCACCAUCCUCUAUCAUCCCAUGUGUACUUUCCGCAACCCCAACCUCUCCUUUCCCAUCCCCGUCUUCCCCUGGUGGGUCCCAGUUGUGACUGCACCAUUCGCUAGGAUCCUCUUCCUCCUUUCCAUUGUCCUUCCAGUUCAUGAUAGUAGAUCAGGCCAAUGGCCCCUCUAGGCCAGCUUCCUGUUCUCACAGUGGCCAACCAGAUGCCCCAAUGGGAAGCCUGUAAGCAGGACCUGAGCACAACAGCCACUGUUCCCUCUUGUGAUUAUCAGCAGCUGGUAUUCAGAGGCAUUACUGCCUCCAGCUGUGGAAGCCAGUGUUUCCCAGACUUGGGUCUCCAGCUGUUUUGGGACUACAUUUCCCAUCAUCCCUGACCACUAGUCCUGUUAGCUAGGGAUCAUGGGAGUUGUAGUCUCCAGAUGGAGACCCAAGUUUGGUCAACACUGGUGGAAGCAGAGCAGAGCCAUCAUGGUUAGUAGCCACUGAUAGACUUCUCCUCUAUGAACUUGUCCAAUCUUCUUUUAAAGCCAUGCAAUUUGUUGGCCAUCACUCCCUCCUGUGGGAGUGAGUUCCAUAGUUUAACUAUGUGCUGCAUGAAGAAGUCCUUUCUUCUAUCUAACCUGAAUCUUCCAACAUUCAGCUUCAUUGGAGUUCUAGUGUUAUGAGAGAAGGAGAAGAACUUUUCUCUAUUCACUUUCUCCAGUUACUUGUUCGCUCCCCCACCAAACUUCAACAUUUAAUCAGUUAAUCAGUAAGAUAAUUUCAUUAAAACACUUUUAACCAACUAACCCACACCCUCAAUUAAUCAGGCAGCAGAUUCUUUUAAAAAUGGUUUUAAAUAAGACUGCAGGUGACACGCCUUUUCAUAAAAGGCUGUCCUUUUCUCUCUUAUGAAAAGUUGUGACACAGACAUGCAUCAUCUGAAAGCACAAAAGGGGACGCCUCUUGCUUCAGUACUACUGUUUUGCCCAUAUGCAAAUUUAUGCAAAUUUAAAUGGUUGAUUAAGUGGCAAGUCAGAUCUCUUUUAAUUAGGUGGCAGAACUACAAAAAGAGGAUUACUGGGUGGGGUGGGGUGGUGAGUAACAAGCAGUGGGAAAUUCACAAGGUAAGCCUUUUAUAGAUUGUGGAAGAAGUACAGGAGAGGGGGAGCAUGAGAAGUGAGCCAAGUCCUACUCAAAGUGGGCAGGAUCCAUGUCAAAAUGGAGCCAGACACUUUGAGCAGGAGGGCAUUGCAUUAUGAUUUCUCCCCAUUGCCCAGUUGAAGUCCCUAAACGACAAAUGGAGCCUUUAAGGAGCCAGGUCCUUCUGAGAUGAGUCCACACUCUCCAACACUCAUAGACAGAAUCAAAUAGGAGUGAUUUUAUGUGUGUGCACUUUGAAGAUCACAGGAAGCACCACUGUCCUCCUGAGUACAAGGACACACCACCCUCCAUUAUUCUGCUUCGUCAGAUAUGGAAGGGGGAGAAAUUUGAUUCAUUUUGCAGCUCCAGGUGAGCCUCCCUACUCUGUACUCCCCAAAAUAAACAGAAAAUGACAUGCAGGUAAUCACUGAAAAUAUUUGCACAUCUCCCAGUUUUGAGAUACAGGUGUACAACUCAAAAAAAUGUGCCUAUCCCUCGGAACAGCUCAAGCUGCAAUUCUGACCAUGCCUACUCAGAAGUAAGUCCCACUGAAUUCAGGAAAGUGGGAUUAGAAUUGCAGCCCUUCCUGAAGAAAUACUUGCAUUUUCUCCUCUUCCUCAUUACCUCCUAAUGCUACACUUCACCUUCAAAGAAGAAGUCCAGAGGAAAUGAAAUCAAUAAAAAGGAUUUAGCCAGAGUGCAGAGAACAUUUCUGAAAAAUAGUCAAGAGGACGCAGUACUGGCAGGAAAACAGGAAUGAGAUUGCAAUGAAGGGAGGGGGGUUUCUUUUUUCACACUGAAAUGUUACUGUUUGGGACACAGAAUCCAUAAAUUGAGCCAGCCUAAAGAGGCACAUCACUGUGCACCUAAGUUCAUGGGAAGAGCUCAUCAGAAUCAGGACCAAAGUUUGCCCACUCAAGCAUCCAGAUUUCAAGUGCAACCAGCCAGAGGCUUCAAGGAAACCCAAAAAGAAAGUUACUGAGACAACCCACUCCCUUGUUGUGUGACCUUCAGCAUAUAUCCUUCCUUUUAGGAUACAAAUCCUCCUUCUGACCCAUUUUAAGUCCCCCCCCCUCCUCAAAAUCAAUAUGGUGGAAUAGAACAAUUGGGAGGAUGAAGAAUAGCAUAAGGAAAAUAGUAUCAUAAGUGCAUCAAAUCACAUAAAUAGUUUACAAGUUACUUUGAGAAUAAAUCCAGAGAGGGAGGGAGAAAGGGAGUGGUUCAACUUUAACUUGAACAAAUCCUUUUAAGGCAGCUUACAAGUCAUGUAGAGACAUGUGAAUAAAAGAGACAUGAGUAAAAUCACAAUAAUGAUAUUCAGCUUCAACAAAUCACAGGGCAGUUGAUGUUGUGUGUCUGGAGUCUAGCUAGAGCCAGCUUUGCAACUGGAGGUCAUCCUACACACAGUUCAUGCUCUGGGCUCUUUGGGCUACAAAUGCAAAUGUUCGAUUUCCACUAGCAGGAUGUUUUAACCAAAGAAGCCUAAAAGCCAUCCUUGCCCCCCUCUCCUUCCCCCAUAUACUAAGCAAACUUUUUCACUUAGUAAAUGCUUCUGUUUUUCUGGGGGAAGUUUAGAGUGAAAGACAGGAGUCUGUUGCUAAGGAUUCUGGGUCCAGAACAUCGACACGGCUCUAUUAAUGUUGUCUAACCAAGUACGUUACACCUGAGUAGCCCUGUCAUUUUCCAAUAAUACAGACAGAGACAAGCCAAUAAAUCAUCCACAUCCUCCAAUCAGGAGCCGCCCCGUUCCAACAAAAGAUAAGGACUAAACAACAGCUGACAUUUUAAAAGGUUGAUAUAUUAAUGCGGAAUUGCAAGAGCUCAUCUUUCAGAAGAGGACACUGAGGUUCUGCUGGUGGCUGGGGCACCAACUCCCUGUGUGACCUUCCUUAGUCUUUUUUCAUACUACCAAAGCUUGCCUGGGCUCCCAUCUGCAUUACAUAUUUAAAGCAGUAGCUUAGAAUCACAGAGUUGGAAGGGACACUGAGAAAUACGCAACUGUCCCAUAUGCAGAUUGAAUCUGCAACGCUGGUGUUCUCAACACUACGCUUUAACCAACUGAGCUAUCCAGGCUGCCUGCCACUUCCAACCAGCCUGGUUCCACCCCACCACCACCCAAAUUCUAAGAACUGUAGCAUGUUAAGGAUUCUAAGAGCUGUUAGCCUACUCUCCUUCCAGAGCUAAAAUGAUAAUUAAACCACUGUGAGAACUCUGGGAAGGGGAUAGAGGUGUCCUAACAAUACAGUGUGCCGCUGAAAUUUGAGAGCCCAAUGUCUGCCACUGUUCCUGGGAUUCUUGGGGGGCAGCCAUGCCUGCUUAAAAUGGUAUGAUGCUGCUUUAAAUGUGUAGUGCAUAUGAGGCCUUAGUUGCUGACUGGUUUACCAACUGGAGUUGUGCUGAAUGGUCUCCAAUUUGACUUCAGGCUGAAACUAAUGAUACUGAAUGGGAUGGAAGGUUCUACUCUCCAAAAAUGCCAACAUUCCCCCCGAUUCUCUUUGCUACCACCUGGCUAACCCAAUCUGCUUAUCCUUGCCCCUUUUGUGGCUUGUUCACAUGAGAGAUUUCUCCAUGGAAUUUACUACCACUUCACACACUUGGGAAGGGCUCUUACAUAUUUAAACACUGCCUGCCCUCCCGCCCCGCCCGCAAUAAAACUCUAUGUAUUAGAAAACUAGCGCCCCAGACUUCUCACCUUCUCUCUGACAUACUAGUUUUCUGUGUGCAGGGGUGCUGUUUGUCCAUAGAAAGGGGGCAAAUGUGCAGAACACCAACUGCUAGUUGAGUUUAAGGUGGGGGGAAACUUCACUGUUCGAUUCUGUUGGUUGCAUAAAGUGGAUGGAUGGAUAGAUCCUUGGGAACUGAGGCAGAAUGCUACCCAUCUGUAUGUGCUGUAUACCAAAAUAUGAGGACCAGUUGGCCUUCUGAAUUUGGACCAAUGACCUUCUGGAUACAGACACAACAUAGCUUUGCAAUGAAAGCCACACUUUCCUGUCAUAGAAUUAUCCCAGAGAGAGUCCAGGUGGGUGGCCGAUGUAAGAUGGGUCUCAGGAGUUGGUUUUUUCAUGUCCAGUCUCCUGGAAACCCAGGAUCCCAUACAGAGGAUUUUUUUUUAAGGCCCUGCAGUUUUAAAAUCGAGAUUUCAAAUAAGGAGCAAAGCAAACCCACUGAGCCAGGGCAGAGAAGCUCUCACUGUAGCUGCAUUGGGAUGGAGGAGGCUUGUGUCUCCUUAUCAAUCAAGCAGGAGAGUCAAAAGACAUGUUUGCACAUCACCAGCAGAGUCAUUAUCAUUGUUAGAGGUCAUAGGAAGGGGAGGUGCAGCGGUGAGUGGCUGAGAGCUUAAUAAACUUGGGGAACAAGGAGAGAAGAAGCCCUUGUUUAUCAGGAUGCAAGAGGGAAGGAUGUUUCUGGAGAGGAAGGGAGGGCAGCCAUCAAUUGUCUUGAGCAGAACAUCUGUGUGUGUGUGUGUGUGUGUGUGUGUGUGUGUGUGGAUUCUGCGUGUCUGGUUUCUGUUGAUUAAUCUGACUGGCUCUUUGCUCAGGGAGCCUCAGCCCUACAUAAGAUUCCCUUCAAUUUUGAGAAAGUGGAAAAUUUCCACUUAGCUCUAAUGAAGAAGGGGCUGAGUACUGCUUUAGCGGGAACUUAAACUUUUAUUUAUUUAUUUUUAAAACUCUUUGCUGGUGUGCCAUUUCAUAUGUGCUGCACAUGUGUAGGUGUGUGGUGGACAGAAUUCAACCAUAUCUGUCAAGUAUUUAAUCUGACCCCAAGUGGGAGCAGGUUCACAUGGUGACGUAAACUGCCAUGGCAUUCACACAUGUGUGUGUCUACUCUGAGAAGGGCUAGCACUGGAUUCAACCCAUUGUCUGUAGUUUGGGGGCCCUCCUGGAUCCACCCAGCUGCAUCUUUACCUGCCCCAUCCCUAAAAUCAUGUAUUAUAAUAGGUGUGGGUAGGGAUGGGGGAUUUGGUUCAGUUCUCAUUUAUUGACAAACUUAUCUAAGUCACACUUCCUGAAACAACACGUGACCCGAAAUGCUGCCAUCCUUCGAAAUUCACACUUAGAAGAAUUUUGCUAGGGAGUUUCCCAACUAACUAAUUCGUAUGAAAACACAUAUAUAUGGAGAAAGUGUGCAUAAAAAUGCAUAUUUUAGUGAAAAUAAGAUACAGAAUCGUAUUAUAAUAGCGGGAAUUGAUUUGUCUAAAUGUGUAAGCAAAACUGAAUACAAACUUAAUUCAUUCUGGAGGUUUGUUCUUAACCUGAAACCGUUCUUAACCUGAGGUACCACUUUAGCUAAUGGGGUCUCCUGUUGCUGCUGCACCACUGCCAUGCGAUUUCUGUUCUCAUCCUGAGGUAAAGUUCUUAACCCGAGCUACUCGGAGUCUGUAACCUGAGGUGUUUGUAACCUGAGGUGUCUGUAACCUGAGGUACCACUGUAUAAAAAAAACUGUUGGGUAGAAAUUCACAGUAUAAUACUAAUAAAUUUUCAUGAGGACUUUAACAAAUUAUAUUGCUGACUGAUGUGGAAAUGUAGAGAUUGGGGGAAGGAGAAAGAGAGAGAGAGAGAGAGAGAGAGAGAGAGAGCGCAUUUGAGUCCUUCUCUUCAGUCAAAAAGGCUUCCAGAGCAGUUUGCAUAUAAUCAAAAACAAGGCAUUUCCUAUCCACAUGCUUACAAUCUAAAAAACACAACACACAAGGAGAAAGGGACCAGGAGGGAAGAGGAAAACCAAAACCAAAACUCAGGCACCAAUUUCUACACAAUUGUUCUUAUGACCAUCUGGCACAGUUCAGGAGCAUGAGGUGCCUCUUCCCCAUUGCUGGAAUGGCUGCUCCAGAUGACAGUGGAGGGAUCUGGCCUGCUUGAUUCUCCAGUCCUUGGUUAUAGGGUGGGUUGGCACAGUGGAGGUGGCUUGGCCAAAACAUGUGAAGAGGCCUGCCUGAUCCCUCCCCCCACCCCCGCUCACCCCAUUCUAAGGUGAUGUCUACUGCAACCAGUGCCGGAUUUACGUAUAAGCUAAACAAGCUAUAGUUUAGCGCCCCACUCUGUUCGUAGCCCCAAAAAAUUUAAAGGGGGAAAACUGGAUGUACAUUUCCAAAAUAUAAGAUAAAAAACAAAUAAAACAAAACCUACAUACAGCAACAGUGUUUUGUGUUGUGUAGGUCCACAAGUUACCAUAUAGCAUAUAUUCAACACAAAAAACAGCAAUAAUUUGUUGUUGACAAAGGACAGCUGGACAUAUAAAGGGCCCCAUUACCUUCAGUAGCUUAGGGCUUCAUCAAACCUAAAUCCGGCCCUGACUGCAAUGCAGGCACACGCAGCAAAGGACAUGUACUUCUUAGGUCAUAACACUUUUUCUUUUACUCCUCUGCAAAUUUAUGCAAAUUUAAUCACUUAUGUAAGGACUCAAACUCUUCGGAUUAAUCAGGUAAGGUUCCUUUGACUGAGUGAUCUCUCUAGUUGAGAAGCAUCUGACAAAUGACAAAGGGAACAGGUGGGUGGGAAGAGACUUGAUGCAACCAGGACUUGAUGCUCCCCAGGACCCCCCAGGCAUUCCUAGUCCUACACCUUUCUCCUCCUAGAAAUCCAGCUCUUGGCAUGAGCUCCUGGUCUGCCUCCCCUCCCUUCUCUCUCCCCCCCCCUUUCUUGGAGCUCUUUGAUCUGCUUUUAGUUGCUGCCGAUUCUGCUGCCACAUUUGCUUUAGCCUUCAGAAUAAAUGUCCAAUUUGGGGCUUCCGCAGGGCUCAUAAAUCUCUGGGCUCUCGUUAAUUUCAGCCGACGUCUCAGCCAUCCGGGUACUUUGGCGACAGGCCUGCCAGAGCUCUCCACUCCCACAGUGACUUCCUCCCCAAUUCCCAGCUCAUUUUAAGGCCAUUUUUAAAAGCUGUACUUUCCUCUCUCUAUAGCCAUGACAGAUGUGGGCAUGUCUCUUUUGACAACCCUGAAAAGCCCCAACUCAUAAUUUCUCACUCUCUCAGUCGGUUUGAGGUCAUUUGUCAGAUCUGGGCUGAAAGCAAAAAAUAACAAGAAAAAAGAGUUGAGAUGUUGAGAAACUGGAAACUGGAAAUCUUUGGGAGCCAUUGUCGGCCAAUUAGGCAAGGGAUCCCAGCCCUCAGGCAUGGCAAAGCAGGGGUUGGGAGCCCAGGAAUUGUUAGACUCCAACUCCCAUCAGCCUCAACCUGCUUGGCCAGUGGUCAGGGAUGAUGGGAGCUGAAGCCAUCACCUUGCUAAAGCUAAGCAGGACUCGGUCUAAUGAGUUCCUGGAUGGGUGUUAGCCUGGGUACCACGCAUAAGUCACCUUAGGUUCCAUGACCGAAGAGAGGCAGAAUAUUCAUUUGAGGAAAUAAACAAGGACAUGCACCCCUUCUUUCUUGGCUUUUAUUGAACAUUCUUGCUGAUACAUUUGCACAAAACUUGCACAGAGCUUCUCUGGCAUCAGCUGUUUAUUGAGCAGUCAUCCUGAAAUGUUUGCACAGAGAUUAUAGGACAUUGCCAGGUAGUGGUCAUUUAUCCCACUCUUUCAGCGCAAUUUUCCAUCGCUUUUUCUUAUCAGACUUUCUGCAGCCAGAAAAGGGACAGAAUAAUUGCACUACAAAGGGCAACCAAAUUUUGUGCAAACAAACAGGCCACCAAGAAGCUUCCAUAGCAGAGCCCUGAAAGCCCUUUGUUGUUAUUAUUGUUGUUGCUCCAGUAUGUUUUGGGGUGAUCUUAUGGUGUGGUAUUUUAAUCAUCGUUUUAUUUCUUUCUAUUGUUUUAGCUUUACUAAACGUUUGCUGUUUUAUUGUUUUUGUUAGCUCAUAAGUUUAAUCUUUUAUUUUAUUUUUCCUGACUGCUUUGUAAGCCACCUUAGGAGGGUUAGACAACUUUGUGGAGGAGAGGUCUAUCAAUGGCUACUAGCCAAAGUGGCUGUGCUCUGUUCUCCCUACUUUCUCUUAUCUAGCAACAACUGCCCCAUCAGACUUUAGAAGAGGAAGAGACAGGACUACAGCAUUCUAGGGUUGCCAUAUGUCCUCUUUUUCCAUCCUCUUUUUCAUGGGUAUGUAAAAUGAGAGUUGUCAUAGCGAUCCAUAGUUAAAAGUAGAAGUUGGCAAUUGUGUCCUUUUUGUUGUUGUUGUUCUUCAAAAUAUGGCAACCCUAGCAUUGGCUAAGCUGUGAGAGACCAGCCACUUUGGUCUCCCCCCCUGCCCAAAACUAUUUCCAUCCAAGUGGCUUAUUCCAAUAACUCUGCAACUAUGAUCUGGUGCCUGAGUUUGCCUUUUCCCUCCUCCCUCCUGAUCCCUUUUCCUUUAGUGUUGUAACAUUUAGCCUGCAGACAGACAGUCUUUUGCAGUGGAAAAGCAGAGUAAAAAGGAAAGGAACAAGCAAAACAGUACCAAGAGGUGCUUCACAGCAGUGGGUACCCUUUUGUUCUAAGAAAGAAUUUUUGGUGGCAGUGGGGAAGGUGAUGCCAGCCCCGAGAAAGAGCACCACAGUUUUCAGGAAGGUCUGUUUCUUCUCCUCCUACUCCCUCUCUGCAAAAUGACUGAAAUCUCCCCCCGCUGUCAGCUUUACUACCUGUAAAGAAGGCAGUGAAAAGUGGGCAUUUUGGCACAACCUUACAAAAAACACACACACAAUAAUAAUAAUAAUGUAUUUUCAGAGGAGACUCUGCCUUCCCAGAGAAAUUGAAAAGAAAUGUCUAUAUUUCACUUGAGCUGAAGCACCCUUCUUUCUUGCAACUUGAAAGGAAUGUGCUCUAUUUCCCCAUCAGGCAGGAACUGGUGUCUGAAAAAGGAGGGGAACAUCUUUUCCUUUAGGGUGACUAUUGGGGGAAAGGUUACAGAACAGGAAGGAAAGCCAAGUGGGGGGAGUUGAGGAUCUUUCCUGCUUUUCAGCAUCUGUCUGUAAAUAAUAAUCAUGUAUAAUUCUUGCUGUUUAAAAUGAGAGGUGCAGCCAGUCCAAAGCAGGGAUGGGAGAGCCAUUUAAUGCAGUUCCCAUUUAAAAACAAAUCUAUCCAAUACACAUUUUCCAAAGUAAUAUGUGAACCAAAAUAUAUCCAUCCAAUGAAAUUUACACGUCCCUGAAGUUUGCAAGGUAGCUCUCAAGCCAAGUAAUGUGCACAAAAAUGCAUAUACGCAAAAAGCCUAAGCUAGCCAAAAAAUCUUGCUCCAGCGGCACAGCGGCAGCAGGAGGCCCCAUUAGCUAAAGUGGUGCUUCAGGUUAAGAACAGUUUCAGGUUAGGAAUGGACCUCUGGAACGAAUUAAGUAUGUAACCAGAGAUACCACUGUAUAUGGAGGGAAGUUUAUUUGCACAAAUGUGUAUAUUAGGGAAAACUGUGUGCAGCAAUGGGAACAUUAGGAUAAAUUUGUAAUAAAAUAUUGAUGAAUUUUCACCAGGACAUGGAAAAACAAACUGAUGUGGAAAUAUGGAGAACCAAACAUAAGAUUAGAAAAAUGAGAAACAGAGAGAAACCAUCGCUCAGUUGAUAAAGCCUGAGACUCUUCAUGUCAGGGUUGUGGGUUCAAGCCCCACACUGGGCAAAAGAGAUUCCUGCAUUGUAGGGGAUUGGACUAGAUGACCCACGUGGUUCCUUCCAACUCUACAAUUCUAUGGUUCUAUGAACCAAAACUGACAUAUUCACCCAUCUGUAGUCUAGAGAGGGUAUCCUGAGGCAGCAGCACAGAGAGAAGCAGCAGCAUGUGGCAUAGCCUGGUCCACAGACUCCAGCUUCCUAAGAACAGCACCCUCAGGCAGCCUUGUGCAGCCAGUGGGGGAGAGGGGCUCCUCCAUCCCUUAGAGCCAAGGAUGGCUGAAGGUUUCCAGGCCAAGAGCUGCAUUGACUCCAACCAUCUGAGGAUCACUUUUCAAAACAGGUGUGGUGUGUAUGGCACCAGAAAAUGCAGUUCUCGGUCAAGAUUGCCUUCCAAAAGACUUCCCCAUCAGCUUUUCGACACUUUUUAUAAUAAUAAUAUAUGUUUUACUAUUCAUCAUUUGUUAUUAAAUUCACCCCUCUCACCAACCCAGUUCUCCAAAACCCAAGCUCCAAAAUGACAUAGAAAGUCCCUAGUGUUUGCAGUCAGAGGCUGUGGGAAAUUGCAAACCUCCAUAAACUUUGGCUGCAAAUGACAGCUUUCUGCAGCCAGGAGGUGGCUGUUUCUGGCCACCUGAACCCUCUCAUUUGCAGAGGUUUAAAGGUAAGUGGUUUGUGAGGAUGUGUGCAGGUUGGUAUCAUUCAAAUUGGCUCUGAAAGGAGACAAGCUGUCGAACAGAUCAGUUUAUUUCUGAGUCAAUCCAAAACACAAAUUGCCUGCCCAUCUUUACUCUGCGCUGUUCUUGGGCUCAGUAGUCACUUCUUUUGGCCUGAGCUUCCCUCAUAUACACAGGACAGAACUGGCCAGUUCCAAGUACAUUCAAGAGAAGAAGAGACAUUGGAAGUGGGACAGUCAAAAGGUUCAGCUGUGGCAGAGCAUUGCAUCCUGUCCCCAUUAUUUGCAGUCUUUCGCUGAGGUAGGGGGAAGCAUUUUUGUCCAAUCUUAUGGUGGACGAGGCCAGAGGCAAAAGUAGGUGGAGAGUUUGUGUGACUCUUACCUGUGUACACAAGCCUACAUUCCAGCUGCACAAAAUGAGAAGUUUCUACACUUUUAUGCAAACAAAUAUAUACUGCAAGAAGCAGGGUCUAGACAGCAGUGGCCCCAGAGUCAUGGAACUGCCUCCUUUUGGAACUAAGCAAUUGUUCUCCUUUGUUUUUGUUUUGUUUUGUUGGAAGGGUUGCAAAACUUCCUGUUCCUACCUGCACAAUGCCCAUAAUACACUGUAAAAAAGCAUGAAAGGCUCAGUUUAAGAUUCUGUUCAGACGGCAUAUAUGAUUCAUAGAAUUAUAGAGUUGGAAGGGAUCCCAAGAGUCCUCUAAUCCAACCCUCUGCCAUGCAAGAAUCUCAGUUAAAGCAUCCAUGACAUUCAAAGGAACACAGAAACCUGCCUUAUACCAAGACAGACCACUGGUCUAUGUAGCUCAGCUUUGUCAAUGCUAACUGGCAGUUGCUCUCCAUGGUUCCAUCCAGGGGUUCCUCCCAGUUCUAUCAGGAGAUGCUGGGGACUCAACCUGAGACUUUCUGCAUGCAACACAUGUGCCACAUUGAGCCACACAGCCCUUGCCCGAGGAAGGGGAGGAAAGAAUGAAUAGGACUGAUAAGAUAAUGAACAAAGAAUGAAAAGGAUUUAUCAAAUGAAUUGUUUUGGGAUGCUGGCAAUGUGGUAUUUUGGAUGAAGGCUUAUUUCAGGUGUUGUGGAGUUGCCCCAACAUCCAAAGCUAUUCGACACACUAGAUUUCUCAUAUAAUUAACCAGAUAACAAGGAUUAGACUAGGCUUUCAGUGCUUUGACUUUACUCUCAAAGUACAGACAGAAUGUAUCAAACAAUGGAAGUGAAAAUGUGAUUGUCAAUCUUUUAAUUGGGGCAAGGAUUGUCCAUGCAAGACACUGGGAAAAACUAUUGCAUCUUUAAAGAAUGGCUACUGAAAGCAUUAGGAGCUGCAUGCAUGGUUAACCUAGAAGAAGAAAUGGACAAAUUAUAUAAAGCAAAUCCCCUGGCUGCCCUGCCACAUGGCAUUCUUUUGUCUUACAUUGGAACAUUCGUUUGAGUCUAGGGAGAUUAAAUAUGUCUGUAUGUAGGGAUUCUUGAACUGGGUGUGUAAAUAUUAUUAUUAUUAUUAUUAUUAUUAUUAUUAUUUGACUCUGGUGCAGUGGUAGAGCAACUUCAUUGCAUGCAGAAGGCAUCUCCAGGUAUUAUGAUUGCGGUUAUCAUUAUUAUUACUGAUUUAUUAAUUGCCUUCUAAACAGGGCCAGCCCAUCCAUGAGGCAAGGUGAGGCAACUGCCUCAGGUGGCAGGAUUCACCGGGGCAGCAGAUCCCAAUGUCGAUCUUUCUUCCCCCCCCCCUUGUUCCUGAUGUAAAACUUUCCUCACCCCUUCUUCCGUGGCAGAGAAAGGGUGCAUUCUGGGAUCCACCUAAGGGGCCAAAAUGUCUUGGGCUGGCUCUGCUUGUAAACAACCAUCUUAUUUAUUUUUUUUAAUGAUAUUUAUUGAAAAUUUAAAAUUACAGAGAAAGAAAAGAAAAAACAAAAAAGGAAAAAGGAAAAAAGGUAGACAAAAAGAGAAAUUAAACAGUACAAGUCAAUAAAAACAAAAGUCAAAGAAAAAAAACAAAUCACACAAUACAUCAAAAGCAAAAGCAAAAAUAAACAAAAAAUUUAAAAACAAAUCCAAUAUUCCCAAAUCUUUAUCUUUCAUUAACUUGUUUCAUCGACCUCCUCACACCUCCCUAUUUUGUAUUCUAGUUAUUAAUUAUCUCAGCAAAUCCUUUCCCUCUUUCACAAUAUUCUGUCGUUAAAUUACCUUAAUCUAUUUUAACCUUAUCUUACCAUAAAAAAACCUUAAAGCUUAAAACUUAAGUCUUAUUUAUACCUAAUUCUUUUUAGCAUAACAUAUUUAUACAUAAUUCUUUUUAACAUUUCUACUAAAGCCAAAUAGUUUCAUUCCAACAUUUUUCUAAUACUCAUUAAUUUUACAAUGAUUUUCUAAAUGAAUUUUUAAAACUUUCUUCCAAUCUUCAUCCAUCGUCUCUUCUUCCUGGUCUCGGGUUUUGUCAGUCCUUUCUAUCCCAUCCAUCUAGUCCAUCAACCUGGUGACCUUCUAUCCGAGGCUCUUAAGUCUUUUCCAUGUCCCUUCCGCAGGUCUUCUUCAUGUUUAUACCUGUACUUUACUUUAUCUUCUGCUGAUCUUAUUCUUAAUUUCCUUCCUUUCUCUCGGGGAGAGUCCAACUUGACAAUAUCUUUAUCCCUUCUCAACAAGUCAGCCCAUUCUCCAUAGUCGACACUAAAAUCCAUAAGAUAUUUAAAGGCAUGUUUCAAAGUCCCUCCAAGGUUAAGGGCCCCCACAACUCCAAACUCCCCCUGGCCCAAAGCCAGAUCCGAAAAGCCAAAACAUCCCUGCAUAGGGGGAUCUAUCCAGCUUCCCAUCUCCAAACCAAACAGUACUCCAUCUCUCCAAAUCUGACUUUCUCCAGGUUCAGUCGUCAAAAACAACUUAUGUUCCUGCAAGGCCGCAGCUCUCUCCAUUUCUGCUACUUGAGGUUCAGCAACAACCUCCUCCUUUAUCUUCUUCACCACUUGCUCUGUCAAAGCACUUUCCUGGAUUAAUUCCUGAGUGGUUUCUAUAUAGGUAUUCACUGUUUGUCCAAAAUUUCCAACUGCAACAGUCAUCAAAUCCAUCUUCUCAUGUAGCUGUUCCAGUAAAGCGCUUGUCUUGCAAAAAGCAAGCACUAAAGCUUCUUCUGGGCACAUUCUUGUUCAAGGUCAAAGUCUGGUCUCACGAUCUUUAAUCUCUACAGCUGCAAAAUUCCCCAGAUCGACUCUAACAACAGUUUCACAAGCUCCCUCUAGAGGAAACAAUUUCUAUUUGUAUCCAUCUUUUUAAGAGCAGAUCUAGCAACAAAGUUCCUUUCAUUUUUCAGAUAUUUUGUUCCUUUUAAGUGCAAAAGGGAACAUUGGAAUCAAUAUGCUUCUCUUUUUUAACUAUCUGUCAAAAACAUUUUAUCCAGAGUCAAUGAACUUCCCCAAAGCGUCUGUCCUGACACCCCGCUCCCAGGUUCAAGACGGUGGAAAUUUAUCUUUCUUUACUCUCUCUUCUGCAGGUUUGAACAGUCUAAAAAGAUUCCCCCCUCUUCUCCUGCUUCCAAGGGGGGUUUAGUAAUUUUAACUGAUGGAAAUUUAGUCCUUUGCAAACGACUUUCCAGACUCUAGCUUGCAAUGUCUUUGCUUCAAUCUAUUUAUAAAAGUGGAAGGCGGACUUCCUGUUUAGACCUUCCUGCUUCGGUGCCAAAUUAAGAAGUUUCAUAGUCCAAUUUUCCGUUCUACUCACGGGCAGUUGUUUAAAAUCCAAUUGUCCACAGGAAUAAGUCAGCGAUCUCCAGCAACAGCAAUGCGACUUCACUCCGUGAAAAGAGCAGUCGAUUCGAAGCACCGCGCCAUUCACCCCACGUCGCUCCGCAUUUCCGAAACCGGGUUUCCCCGCCAGUAAGGGAGGCGCAAAAGGUGCCAGCUGAAUCCCACGUCCACAGGCUUCUCCCGCCUGUGGUUUUUGAUGGGUCUCCGCCUCACCGCGGCAGUCCAGACCCUAAUUCUCACGAAGUGGAUUCCUCCCGAUCAGAGGAAAUCCGCCAUUGCCGGAGGGUAAACAACCAUCUUAAUCCCCACUCAGCCAUGAAGCCCCCUGGGUAACCUUGGGUUGGUCAGCGCCUUUCAGUCUAACCUAACUCACAGGGUUAUUGUGGGGAAUAAAUGAGGAUCGAGGGAGAAUCAUGUACACCCUCCUGGAGCUCCUUAGAGAGAGAAAGGGGGAUAAAAAUGCAAUAAAUAGAUAAAACAAAUAUACAUUGGUACCUCGGGUUAAGAACUUAAUUUGUUCUGGAGGUCCGUUCUUAACCUGAAAAUGUUCUUAACCUGAGGUACCACUUUAGCUAAUGGGGCCUCCUGCUGCUGCUGUGCUGCCGGAGCACGAUUUCUGUCCUGAAGCAAAGUUCUUAACCCGAGGUAAUAUUUCUGGGUUAGCAGAGUCUGUAACCCGAAGUGUUUGUAACCCGAGGUACCACUGUAAAUAACAGUAAGAAAGAUGAGAAACUGAGAGAAGCUGAAACUGAUAGGUUUGUCUAUUACUAAUCAUAACUGCUCUCCCCAUUGAUUUCAGGCACCUACCUUCCCACUCCCUGCCCCUCCCCAUUUCAUUUCAAGAAGUACUCCCCCCCCCCCACUCAAUUGCUGCUCCCAUUUGGUAGAUAUAAACAUACCAACAACAGCCAUCCGCUUGUGAGCCAAGGAAAGCUGCUGUGUCGGAAACCCUUCAAUUUUCUCUCUCCCCUCUUAUCUCUCUCUGGGCAGAAGAGAGGCCUCCGACAAUGGAAGAGAGCACUUCUACUCUUCAACAAAACAUUUGAGAAAGGGAUUGAGGAUGGCGUGGCGAGGGGGGGCAGUGAGGAUGCGAGGAAAGAGAGAAGCUUUCCUUCACAAAAAUAAAUGUAUUGACCUGGAGAUAGACAAGCGAAGCUCGGCUCCUUCCACGCUACUGUCUCCGUUUCCCGGACUUGGCAGAGGAUGUCUGAUGAAUCAGACAUUCAAACAUCAAAUAAAUAGAAUUUGCCUCUUUGGGUGAUUAUGACAACUCUGCAAAGCGAUAACACUUUGUCAAAGCACACACACACACAUGCCAAUUCAGAAUCACAGAGCACUGGCCCUCGGUUUUCUCGCCCCAGCAGCCUGAGACGGAAUCAAGGGAUUUAAAACAAAAUAUGGAAUAAAUGACCUUUCCUCACCCAUCCCCCGCCACCUCACCAGUUUAGCUUUUGCCUUUUUAAAUUCCCUGGGCCAUAUCCUCAGCUGGCGUCACCCAGCAUUGAUCUGCUGACUCUUGCGGAAGAGUGGCAUGGAGUAAAGCUUUGGCCAACAGAAUCAAUAUGCAGUAAGGGGGCUUAUCUCCUUCCCACAUCCCUAUCUCUCAUUUUCAGCAGGUGCAGAGGGCAUUCACGCAUUGCAGUCCCAGAGAACACUCUGCACUGCUCCCUCAAAGCCCUUUUCUGCCUGCUGCUCAAAUCUCUGUGGACUAUUGUUCCUACCCGCCCCUUCGCUUUUAAUUGACUUUGUAUUGGCUUUACCAUAAAAAUAAUAUAACCUUAUUACUGAGUGAGACAGGCCAUAGAAAGCAUUCUCGGGAACAUCCAUUGCUUCUUUUUUACUGCCAAGUGUCACCUCAGAGAGGGGUGGCCUAAUGGGAAAGCUGCACAGCCAGAGCCAGCCCUACGGUUAGACAAAGGGAGGCAGUGGCCUCAGGCAGCAGAUCCUGGGGAAUAGGUGGGGAGACACUGGAGGACACAAUUGUUUGUGCCACAUAUGGGUUGCCCUGUGUCCCCUAAGGUAAACUGCUGUCCUUGAAAAGAUUGAAAAUUAGGAUUAACAAAGAGGGGAGGGAUUUGCUGAACUAACAAACUGAAUUGGAAUACAGAAAAGGGAGGCGUGAGAAGGUCCGGGAAAUAAGCAAAUGAAAGAUAAGUGAUUAAAAGACUGAAUUGUUUUUAACUAAUUUUAUUUUGUAUUUUUCUUUUAUAUUCUUCUUUUUUCUUUUUCUAUGUUGUAAUAUUUUGAAAAUCUUAAUAAAUAUCUGAUAAAAAAAAACAAACUUAGAUAAAAUACAGUGGCUAGAUAGGCAUUCUGUUGUGCUGCAAUUCUUUUAGUUCCUCCCAAAAUUCAUAGCCCAGGCAGGAAUUGGCUAUGUUGAAAUUAUCUGAACAUGCUGAUGGGAGUUGUAGUCCAAAACCCAUGGAUGAUACUCUACAAAGUUUUCUGCAUCUGACUUCCCUGCAGGUCUCAGCAAUGAGGCAGCCACUUCUGCUCUUGCUGUUUCUUGGACUCCCUUGGCUGCACCCGAUUCAAUCUGGGUCCCAUUCCCAGCAAAUUUGGGAAGAGGGAGGGCAGGCAAUUAGUAAACGAAUCAUUGAGCUUUAGCAGCUCAGAGCUGUCACAUGGAGAUGGUGAUAGGCAGCAUUAUCAUUGCUCUGUGGGGCACCUGGGACCAAGAAGGCUUGAGGAGAGACAGAGGAAGAAAGAGAGGGGAUAAAUAUAUAAAAGUGAGGGUGAUAGCAGUGAACAAGAUAAGUGUUUUUGUUUCUCAAUGGGAGGCUGGCACAGAGACAGAUUCUAAACCAUAAAGAAAACAAUGAAGUGUACUGUAGAGCAGCUUGGAAUGCUCUCUUUUAAUUAGCUGCCGGUACAAAGAAAACCACUUUCCUCCUCGAAAGGAAUACUGCUUCUGGUUGUAUGAAUAUCAUAUAGCUGCUCCAUCAGUAAUAGUCAGCAGCAAGUGUUUUUGAAUCUACUCUGUGGCCAGGAAACUUUGGGUUUCCCCAGCAUGGACUAGAAUGCUGUGCCACCAGUGUCACAAUUGUCCCCAGAGUUUAAAUUUGCAGACUGCAAUCUGCAGUCCCCAUUAAAUUUGCAGACUGCAAUCAGCCAUGUCCACAUUGCAAAGCCCAAGCGUUGCAUCCCAGCAAGUCCUGCAGCACUGCAAAGGAUCCUGGGUAGCCUCUUCCUGAAUUAGGCUCCACAGCUGCAUUCCAUUCAGGGCUAAAUGUUUUUGGAUAGAUGUAGCUAAGUGGUAAGUAAUCCUCUCUCAUCUUAUCUCCCCAAUAUGGCCAAAUUCUCUGAGGGCUGGAGGUGACUCGCAAGACAGCGCUCAUCUCUCCUGGCAAAUCAACUGCCGCUCUUGCUCUCAGAAACCUAGGGGCAUUGUCAAUAUUCUCUAUCAAGGAAGGGCCCGUCGUCUUGACAGGGCUGCUGGUAACAAAUAAAGGCAAACAAGAGCCCAUUGUGAAGAGAGGAAGAUCAAGAAUGUGUGACCCAAAUUUAUUCUUACUUCCUCUUCCCAGGAAGCCCCUCCAGCAAGGUCAGGACUGAGGUCAGUGGUGGGAUCUUCUAGCCCACCAGGACUCCAUCGUUGACCUGUGAGGUCAUUUCAGGUGAGCCACGCCUACCUGUGUGACACCUGACACCACACAUGUUGCCAGGUGCAGGGCAGGUAAAGAUGGGGCUUGGCUGAAAGGGGUUUGCAUACACAGGUGACCAGCUGCUCAGCAUUGCUGCAAAGGCCAGCUCAAUGGGCUUUGCAAGGCUCAACCAACAGCAAGAAUCUCUCCUGGGGAUUCAGCCAGGGACCUUCUACAUGCUCUCCCACUAAGCUAUGGCCCUUCCCCAAAGCACAUAAAUUUAUUCAUACACAUAACCUAAGAGUAAUUCUUUUCUAUUAAUUCAAAUGCCCAGGUGACUUACAACUCAAUAAUCAAGCAGGCCCAUGACAGUGAAAACCCCAUUUAAACCAGUUCAGUUUACUGAGCAACAUCAUUUCCAAAGUGUCUGGUUCUAAGUUCUAAGGACAUGGUUUUGAGUUAGCUAUGUCCAUGAAUUUCAGUGGGUCUACUCUGAGUAUGACUAACAUUGGAUACAACCUUUUCUUUUUAAAGAGACUCUGGAGUCAUCCUAAAUAUUUUGGCUGCUGUGGCAUCUGAUACUGUUUUUUUACAUCAUUGUAUUUUAUUCUGUGGUUGUAGGUUGUUGGGUUGUUGUUUUUUUACUGUAUUUAUUGUACAUUGCUCUGAUCUCCUGAGGAAUGAAGAUAUAAACAAUUUUAAAUAAAUACAUUUUCCAAGACUGCUAGUGUCUGGUAUUACAACUGGAGCAGGGCAGCUGAGCCUGAGCAGGAGCUUGGGUCUCAUAUGAAGGCUCUUCUGGGGCUAGGAGCCUAAUAUUUAUUGUAGGCUUGGCCAAUCCAGGGGACAGAUACUGCCAGCCAAUCACAAAUGAUGAUACUGCUCUUUCUUCUUUAACCCAAAGGCCCGUUUCUUCACAAUCCCCUUUUCUCAAGAUUAUUUGAGAGAAGUCGUAAUUUCACUCCAAAUUUCAAGACUCUAGUCUUAAGGCAGGUCUGCUUGGUCUAUUUCAGCUGGGACAGCAAUUCCCAAUGGCAUCUUUGCAUUGGCAAUGAAUGCAACUGAAAGAGGGGCUAAUGCAAAUCAUCAGCAUUAAUGAUAAUAAGAAUAGUUAUUAUUACUAUUAUAAAAAAAUACUUGGUGUUGCUGUCAGUGCCUUUUCAGAAGAGGAUCUUAGAGUCUUGUAAACAUUAAUUAAUUAGGCAACAAAAGGAAGCUAAUGAGGGAGCUUGUUCAGAUCAGUUCUUGACUGUUCAGUGUUGUUCCAGUAAGCAUCAUGGGGAAUUUCACUCAGUUUGCUCCAUCCUUGAUGACUGGCAGCUGAAUGUGUGAACCAACUCCACUGAAAAGCACAGGGAAUUUCUGUCUGUAGCAUUUGACAUGUGUUGGCUUUUUCACACAUACAAGUGAUCACUUAAUGCAGCCCUCAAGUGUUAAGCAUGCGUGAAUGAUGGGUCAACCAAGUAUUUGCUUGUGUGCAGGAAACAAGGUUGUUUUUCUGCAUGUAUGAAACUUAACCCUAAAUAUCUCUGUGAACAUGUGCAUAGGAAGCAUUGGGUGUCUUGUUGAAGGGCUGUGUGGCUCAGUGAUAGAGAAGCUGCUUUGCAUGCCCUCCCUGGUUCAGUCCCAACAUCUCCAGGGAGAAUCCAGGUGAAAACUUGAUUAGGUAGGUGAAUCAUGAAUGCUACCCUGGACUACAGAGGAUAGAACAGGCUUCCUCAACCUCAGCCCUCCAGAUGUUUUUGGCCUACAACUCCCAUGAUCCCUAGCUAGUAGGACCAGUGGUCAGGGAUGAUGGGAAUUGUAGUCUCAAAACAUCUGGAGGGCCGAGGUUGAGGACGCCUUGGGUAGAACUAUGGCAGCCAAUAGGGUGGAGGCAAAUUUCCUCUUCUAAAAGUUCCUAUUUUGGCACAGCAGAAAUACCUGCCAAAAUCAGGUAGACAGUGCAGAUCUUAGCCUGUGUGAUACCAUUGUUUUUAUGGGAUGGGAAAUAUAUUUGAUUCAGUCCACAUUUAAAGGUAAACUUACUUAAUUCACCCUUCCUGAAACAAUGCAAAAAUCAUUUGAAAUUCUCACUUCUUUGAAUUUUGCAAUGCUAUUCUCAAGUAAGGUCCCCUGUCCCCAUCCCCCGCUACACAUACCGGGGCAAACUAUAUAUGAAAAUGGAAACAUUUGAGAAAACAUGCAUAACAUACACUGUAUUAGGGGAAAUAUUUAGGCAAAAAUAUGUGUAUUAGCAUAAAUUCACAUCAAAAUGCUGAUGAAUUUUUAUGAGACUGCUUCAGCUUUUCCAGGAACAUUUGUGUAAAGCAGUGGGUCCAUUUGAUUCAGCUUAGAUGGGUUUUUGAAUGCUCAGAACCACUCUGUACCACUCUGUCCUGCUCCUAGCACAGUGCUGAAACUAAAUACCCAUGGUAGCACUAGUAUAUCUGUGUGGAGGUCUAUAUUGGAACUGACAAGCCAGUUGGAGCAAAGAGCACUGAUAAGCCAAUGUCAGCAUGAUCCCAUUAUCUGAGACUGGUAUUGGUGGGAGAGACCAAAGAUGUGGCAUAAAUUGCCAGCCUUUACCAGCUUUGUUAAUUGCAUGAGAGCAGAGUCUGGCACAUAAACACCCCACCAACCAUUCAUCAGCAUUCCCUCCUUGCCACCCCCUAAAGCUCAGAGGCAGAUGAUAAAGUCUUUCCAUUUCGUUGCCGGAGAGCUCUGAGAAUCCCCAAAGAAACAGUAAAUCCCCCUUUAGCUUGGAACUGAUUACACACCUCACUUUUGUAAGAGCAUGAUAAAGGCUUUGGCGGAAACCCAGUCGGCAGUAUACCUCCCCCUCCCCUCCAAUCAAAACAUUGCGGUUCUUGCCAACAGAUCCAGAGACCUUAAUUCACAACAAACCCCCCGGCCCUCAUGAGGGCUCCAAGAGUUACCCAUCCCUGCUCUUUCUGUUUUCUUUGUCCACACUCUCCAAGCCCCUGACCAUUAUAGUUCCCACCCCGGUCCUUCCCAGGCCCAUUUCCUCUAUUACUGAGAACCAGAGUUGGGUCUGCCCCAAGUGGACACUUGGGAGGGAUCUCCAGUGAAUGGAAGCUCUUUGACGGGGGCUCUUACAUGUUGCGUCUGUUUGCAAACCCACUUUUGUUUUAUGUACAUUAAGAGUUUUAAGUGCAUACAUAAGCAAUCAGUGUGAAGAAAGAAAGAAAGAAAGAAAGAAAGAAAGAAAGAAAGACCCUUAGACCCACGAGGAAAGAAAACCCAAGAAACCCAGGUCCGCUGCAAGUAAACACUCUGAGCUGUUUUACAAACAUACAUAUACCACACCACUGAAAUACAAGUCACACCUUAGCUAGGAGUCAUAUGGCUAUUUGCAUUUGGUCAGAGAAAGUUGAAGUUUGAGUUUCUUGGAGCUGAUGAGGAAGAAGUAGAAAUUUGAUGGGGCUGCCUGCCCACUUGCCCAUGCUCAGUGUAAAUAUUUGUAAAUAGUGGAAGGGAUAUUACAAAAAACUUCCAUUAUACCUCCUCACAAGGAAAAUGAUUCUAUAAAAGUCCCAGCCACUGGAACUUCCUAUCACAAGGAGUUGCUACUAUAUCUUCAUACUUUUCUAGUGAUCAGCAGCUAGAGGGCUAUGUGUGUGCCAGUUUUCACCUUCUUGAAAAAUUGGAAGUACUUUAAGCAUUUGGGAAUAUAACUCAUGCCCCCUAUUCCUAGGGAGAGGUUUACAAAUGGCAAGUUCUCAUUUCAUGCUUUGUUAGCAAUUAGUGUGUCUUCAACUAUACACAUAAUAAAUACAAGCUUUCUAGGGUGCCUAGAAAUAUAGUAUUAUUAUUUACAAAUUUCUUAACCAUGGUUCAUCGUAAGGUCCCAGUGUGGGUUAUAGCAAUUUAAAACUCAAUAUAAAAAACAGUUUAAAACAAAUUAUUGUCACAGACCGAUUAUGUAUGUUCUGUUAAACAUUUUCGAGUAGUAAAAACGUCCCAUAUUCAUAGGAAAAUGAUUGCUAAUGUGUCUCUUUCAGAUUAGGAUUAUAUGUGUACAAAAUUCAACACCCCCCAUCUCUCUCUCUCUCUCUCUCUCUCUCUCUCACACACACACACACACACACACACGGACUUAAACUAUUUGUGAUAUAAUUUGAGUUCCCCCACUUUGAGAGAAUUGUGUAUAAAUGUCCAUUUUUCAUUGCUGCGAAUAAUCCAGGUAUCUCUUGCAUGUGCCAUGUAGAACCAGCUGUGCGGUCCUCUAGCACAUGGCACAGUAUCCUGGGAAUUUCAGUUCCCCACUUCCCGCAUGAGUGAGUGGGGCCCAAGUGCCACCAUCUAUACACAGGGGACAGAUGCAGCUCUCCUGUUCUCAUGAUCUACAGCAGUUCCUUUCCCUUCUCUCUUGUGACCUUUAUUUUAAAGCAAAGAAAACAACCUGGAUAGUUGCAAUCUGGAGUACAUACAUUCUAACGAGGCAGGUAACAGUUGGGAUCCAUUAAAUUUAGAUUUGAAAAAGAACAAAAAUGAAAAGAAUUGUAGCUCGGCACACUAUACAUUUUCCUUCCUUCCUUCCAGGAGAAAAAGAAAGACCAUUUCAAAAAUUGCUGUCAUGCUCCCAGACUGAUCCAGAGAUGGAAAGAAAGAGGCAGAAUUAAGUGCUUUGGAAAGCUGGCAAGGAUUCCUCUGGGAGCUUUUUCUAAAAUCUCUUUUCCACCCCUCCCUCCCAUCAAAUAUUAAAAAUGAGAUUAUUGUUGUUCUGCUGACAAUUCAGUCUUUCUUUCUUUUUCCCAGCCAGGUGUUCCUGCCUUCAUAACAUGAAUCACUGGCCCCAGGCCUUUGGGGGGCUGUCCUUCUUGGUCAAAUGAGGGGCACUUGAGGCUUCAUGUCCUGCUCUUAGCCAACUUUGGACCUCUCGUCUGGGUGGGAGCAACAGUAGAUCUCCCUGGCAGUGCAACACAUGGGGGGUGGGGGCUUGUGAUCUGAUUCUCUUAUGGCAAGAAAAUGUUGAUGAGCUAAAAAUAAUUGCUAGGCCACAUUGUGUCAGCAGGUUACAUUGUCUCAUUGCACACAGAGGCAUCUGUUGGCGCGCAUGCGUGCAGGCAGGAAGGUUUGCAAGUACACUCUGCAAACAAUGGCACUAGCUCCCACAUCGGCUCCCGUUGCUUAGAUACUUAACACACCUUACACAGCUGAACUCUUGUGCUUGCUUUGUCUUCCUCUCCAGAGCCAGCUUCAUCAAGAGAGGGGGCUGGGGAAGAGGCCAUCGCUACUCCACCCCCUUCAUCAGUGGUGGGCAGGGAGCAGCUAAACCGAGUCUGUGUGCCAAAGCUGACAUGAGAUGA